GUGUUAACGGAGCGGAGACCAUUUCCUCCAGCAGCAGCGGCGGCGGCGGCAGUAGCAGCAGCACCAGGCCUCGCACACGCAACCGUUACACACACAUAUGCAGCCCGAGCACGGACAACCGUCAAAGCAAAGCCACGUUUUGGGAUUGUCUUAUCUUUACGCCUCCAAACCUGGAUGCCCCCUCGACCGCAGGACUCCACCUGAUGGGCCUUCAUCGCUAAUUUGCAGCAACAUCUGGUCGACAGCACACAGAGAUCUAUCUUGUGGGUGAGUUGCCCUCUCAGCGCAGUCACUGUUUUGUCUCUCGUUGUGUUGCUGUGUGCUGCUGCCGCUGCUGCUGCCACAACGUUUUAUCCGGGGGAAGAUUGAGGAUAGUGCUCAGAGGGGAGGUCACUAAUGGGGCUUUAUCUGUGUGUCUGUGUUAGAUUUACUUUAAAAUGGUUAAACGGUGAGGUUAUGACAAACAGGUUUCUUUAGUCAGAGCUCAUUUUAACCUGUUUGAGAGUGUUAGCAUGAAGCUAGCGGCUAGUUAACGUUGAGUGUAACGUUGCUGGAUUCAUUCUCGGACUAAUUUAUGCUGCUACUUACAAACAGAUUUGCCCUUCAGUCCCCCGAGUAAACACGCUCACAUUAGCUCAAAGUAGCUCAAUACUGAGCGGCAUUUUCUCUCUGUAUGUAUCUUAUCUUUAUAUUGUUGAGGGGGAUUUUGCGGCUGUGCCCCAAACCCUCGAGUCACCCACCUUCCUCUCCUCCUCUUCCCUGCUUGCACGCCUCGGUCUCGGCUUUGUGCUCUUGUCCUUCACAUUUUACUAUCCCCUGUUUUCUACAGUCUUGAAGGUUAAGAGUAAUAUUAUAGAGAAGCCCAGAGAAACAGCUGAGAGUCAGUAAAAGCAAACAGCUUGUAACAUUGUGGGUAACAUUUCAGGGGGAUGCGCAGUUUUGGGGUUUAAACAGCCAAGGACUGGCGGGGUGAACGAUAACCUUCUGCUAAAGAGCAUUUUUAUGACUUUAUUCAUGCAUAUUGAUCAACUUAAUUUAGAAUCAGCUGUAAAGGGGGAGGAUAUGCAUGGAAGGAUGGUCCUGUGUGAUAAUGGACUUUGUGAUUUCAGCCACCUCCGCUCUGCACUACACCACAGGGCUGAAGCUGAGGUCCAGCCCCUUAUAUUAGAGAAACACUGAUCCCCUUUUACUUUACCACCAGUCAAUCCUGUCCUGUCAAUGUUUGUGAUAUUGAAGGAACACAUGUCUCUAUGUGUAGUUUUGUUUUUCAAAAGGGACAAUGCUUUAUAUAGUUUUCCUGCAGGCAUUCAUGACAGCAAAUGAUAAGAAAAGGGGGCAAUAACACUGGUGUGAUGAUGGUGUUGUCCUAUAUAGAAAUUCUCAUUCUCCUGCAGUCUUCAUAGGAGGGUCAAAGGUCGGGUGAAGCUGCUGAACACCAGUGUUUUCUUCAAGGACACUUAAACAUAAGUGCGUGCGAACAAAGAGCUGAAACAUCAUGAAAUGCAUCACAGUGAAAGGAUUUUGUUAAACGUUAUUGUUGUUUAAUGGAUCCUUGCAGCAUGAUAUAUUUGGUCCCUGCAACUUUGGUCCUGUUUGUUUCCGUUAGUUCCUCACCCAGUAAUUCGAGGCAACGGUCUGACUGAAAUGUUGAAGUGUACAUACCUUUGCAAGCUGUGGCAUGACUGACAAAAGCAGUGUAGUGUCAGUGUUACAAUAUUGUUCUAGGAACAGCCUGCUGGGCAUUUUUACAGUAUUUAUCACUUAUUAUCAUACUCCUGGAAACAGGUAUGCAAUAUAUCAUCUAAAAUAAUAUCGCAGUUGUUGUUUUCAGAAUGAUACCGAGUAAAGCUCCGGGGCUGACGCGAAUAUAGAACGCAAAAUUAUGAAAUGUUCGGAGAAUAAUUUUGACGCGCCGGACUAUUCACAUCAAGCCCGAUGCGAUUUUGCCACUUUCCGGGGGGAAAAAGACGCAUCCUUGGGAAGACUUUUCCCGGGGAAAGUCCCGCCUCUUUCACCUCUGAUUGGCUAGAAAAGCUGGAAACGUCAUCACAAGCUCAAGCCAAACGGUCAGCACUUAUAGCCAAUCAAAGGCGAUAAGAUAAGCACAUGAAACUAUGGUAACAACGUUAGCUUACAUUAGCACAGAUGAAAGUUAAAACAAAGACGUUUAGCAAACUGUUAAAGCAUACAAACCAUCGUCAUAUGAGAGAUCCGACACGAUGACUUUCCACAAGUUGUCCUUCAGGUCGUUAUCUUUGUAAUGUUUGUGUCUUUUAUCAAAAAGCACUCUGUUUCCGACAUGUAAACAAUCAACGGUCCUGGUGUGUAAGGACCUUAAGUCUUAUAUUUUGCAGAAAGGAAAACAGCUGCCUGUACGGCUGACAUUAAAAAAUGAGCAAACAAACUGUGCCAAGAGACAAACACAAACUCCAGCAGCCUCAGUGUCAUUAGAUUUAAUUGCCAGACAUGGAUUAUCCUCACUUGCAUUAAGGUGAUAUCACUUCAAACAGAUGGAUGUUGCCAAAAGACCAUCUGUGAAUCGGCUAUGAAAAGCAGUGCUGGGAGUCAGUGGGAGUCAAGGUGUUGGCAAACCAAAAAACACACCCAGAAAACUUGAAAAGGUUCACUCAGACCAGCACUGAUUGGUCUCAGCAUCCUGAGUGUUUUUGUUCAAUAAGCUUACUUAGUUUAACAUCAACAAAUUUUCCUGUUUUUCUCAAAUAAUUUAUAUCAGUGGUUCUCAAGUCCAGUCCUCAAGGCCCACUGUCCUGCAUGUUUUUGAUGUUUCCCUGCUCCAACAAACAUGAUUCAAAUGAUCAGCUCGUUAUUAAGCCAUUACAGAGCUUGAUAACGAGCUGAUUAUUUGAAUCAGGUGUGUUGGAGCAGGGAAACAUCCAAAACAUGCAGGACAGUGAGCCUCGAGGACUGGACUUGAGAGCCACUGACUUCUAUCAUUAAUGUUUUUGGCACUACAAAUAAGAGGGUGCCAGUUCCCUAAUAGACUUGCACAGUCAUGUUUUUAUCUUCUUUUUGAGGGUUGAAAAUAGUGAUGAUUAUUUUAUUAUUGACAAGGCCACCAUAAAAUAGGAAUAUUUUUUGGUUGUAUCACACACCCCUACUCCUAAGUUGUUUUCUGGCAACAAAACUCUUUAAAGGAGUAUUACGCAUCUAGUUCUUGUUGGCUUCUCAAUAAUUGGUAAUUGCAGUCAGUUUGAGGCUGAACAGAAAGUGUUUGUUGUGGACAAUCUGGAUAAGAAUACCAGAAAUCUGAUUGAAUUGAUAAUCAUGUUAAAAAAAAACUGGUAUCCACCUGCCCUAACUGUGGUGUUCAUUACAGUGAGUGCAGAGUGCUGAUGAAGCAGCAUGAUAGCUUUGGGUUUUUCUGUCAGAGAAAUCUGUUCCCAGUAUUGGCUGGACUGAGAGGGGGUGUGGGGGCUUGGCAUUCAUUAUCCCCAGAGGAAUCUGCUGAACCAGACUGUAACAUGUAAGAAUCCAUAUGCUGCGUCUGUCAGGGCUAACCUGCUGCUGCUGUUACACUAGGAUGCCCAAUACCAAGCUUAGAGAAUCUGGGCUGUUGUAUUUUUAAUUAAUUUUCUAAUAUCUAACAGAGCAGAGUUUGAAUUCAUUCUUAUUGAGACAAAAUUUAAACAUACUAGUUCCCUAAACACAGCAUGACUCAGCUCUGGUCCUGGUAGUAUCUAGACCAUACAGCCCUCCAUCUGUGGGGUCAGUCUCAUCUCGUAAGGUGGCAGAAGACUCGCUGAUUAAAUCAUUAUGUUCCUCUGUUCCCUAUCUUCUUUUUGUCAAUAGCUCCCUCCCCUUUUCACCAGCUGACUGAUGGCCAGAUUGGAGAAGUCUAAUGGAAGUGCAGCUUGACAAGGACUAGAGGUGACAGGACAUGUCUGUUAGCCCAGCUCCGUGUCAGCUCUCCUCUUUUCAGCAAUGACUUAUGAGGAGGGGGAAAAUGACAGUCUGGUCGAUCCUUAAAGCUGCGAGGAGCUGAUCUGUGUUUCUGUCUUACUUUAAGCCCUGAGCCGGGCUUAUGUGCUCAGCAGGGAAGUAAUGGCUCCUCUGUCUGUACACUGACCAUCUCAUUGCACAUUUGAAGCCUGUCCAAGGCCCUGCUGACCUCAACACAAUGACCGCGUUUAGUUCGUUUUUCCCCUCCAGCCUCUGCUCUUCAGCGUCCACUGUCUCUUUAAUCAGCAAGUGCAAUGACAGAGGAGGGAUUUAUGGUGGUGACUUUGGUGCAGAGCUUAGCAGUAUACUGGCACUCAUGAGCAACAGGACAUCACAGAUGGUGCAAGACAUGCUUUGCACAGUAGGCUGUAUUACUCUGCAUGAAUGCAUUCAACAGCAUUUACUUCAUGCUGUUUUUUUUCUGCCUGUCUUAGCAUGUUUGUGGCUGUAAAAUGAAGUGUGCUUGGUAAAAAGUGAGCCUUUCAAUCAUAAUGUGUGCUCUGUUUGAUAUGUUGUGUGCCCAUUCAGAGUAUGCAGGGGUGCAGUAGAUGUUGCAGGAUGCAAAGCAUCAGUCGUUGCUGCUCGUCUUCUUCUGUUUAUUGGUUGUAAAAAGUGAAACCGGCUUUGCAUCUGCACCUGCAGUGCUUCCUCCUUCUUUUUUUACCAUUAUGUAUCAUAUGAAACAGGACACUGUACAUUUAUGAAGUUUACAUCAGCUUCAUUGUCUCUCAGCUGAUAAGCAAUGAAGGCAUUCUUUGUGUUUUCUUCACCCAAUUUUUCCAUGCCGUGUUCUCAUGUUCUCAACUCAUCUUACUUUUAAUCACAAUAUUUCUUUUACACCCGGUUGUACAUUAGUAGUUAUAUUAUUUUCAAUCAACUGCAGUUUGUCAUCUAAAUUAAUCUUUAAACCUGGUUUAUUAUAAAGGCAAUCUCUUGCAGCCUCCCAGCACUUCAAUUCUGGGCUGACUUUAGAUUGCUAAUUGUUAAUAAUGCGGCUACCAGUUACCUCGGCAGUUGGAUGUUUGAGCUGGGAAUGACAUUACAUCCGAGUUGAUGGCGUUCCAGUAAACAAGUUGGAAAAACCAAGAUGAACGCCUACUGUUAACAGUUGUUAGCUGUUAUUAACAAUUUUAGCUGCCGUUAGCUGUUGUCAGUUGUUGUUAGCUAUACCAGUCGUAAACAGUGCAUAACACAGUAUUUCACUCUUACAAACACCAUAGCUUCAUGUUCACAGGUAGAUGUUGGGCAGUACAACAUAUAACACUUAUUUAAUAUCACAAAAAACAAAACAGAAGUGCAAAUAAAAAAUACAUUAUGAGAGCUUUUACUGUUACUCUUUACUGUUGAUGCACCGCGCUGCCAUCUUGGAUCAUGACGUUGUCGUCAAGUUGGAGUUGGCGAGGAUCGUCCGACUUUCUGACUUCAGGGGAGCAUUCCAGGUGAAUUUCCAACUCAGAGCUCAGAAAUCCCAACUUCCAAGUACAACUGGAAUGCAGCAUAAACCACAGGAUUGUUGUGGGCGGAGCGUGAUGGGCGUGGUAACAUGAGGACUAGGAAGUUUCAAAUCCGACUCUGAAGUUUUUGUAUUGUAGUGGUGUAGAGUUCAUUAUUAGUUAUUAUUUUAUUAUUCAUUAUUGGUUCAUUAUUUAUUAUUCAAAAGUCAGUGUACAUCCUAAAACAUUAUCCCACAAAAUGACAUUUGUAUUGACCAACAUGUAGCCUUUAAAAGGGGUCAUGAAGAGCUUAGUAGCUUUAUUUAUGUCACUCUUCAAGAAUACAUCUGCACCACAUAUGUAGAAGUUUCUGCCUUCUUGAUCAACCAAUGUAAACAGUGUGAUCCUGUAUUGAUUCUUUAAAGGGCUGUUUUGGUAUUUUAGUUCUCUACACGGGCUGGUCAACAUUGUGUGAGUGUGUGGAGGGGAUUACUCACUUGCUUUUCCCUCUGGAAACAAAAAGUAUAUAAACUUUGAUGCAGACAACCAGUGGAGUGGCUGAUGUAAACACUGGAGUGUUGUGGGGCGUUGCUGUGUGUGUUUCUGUGUGUUUCACUGCACUGCUGCGAGAGCUCCAACAUGCAGACAGCAGAGAGGGAGGAAAGGGAGAGGCUGAAACUAAACUACGAAAAAGAUUCAGACCUUAAAAUCUGCCUGUAUCUAGUGCUUGACUGGUCUAAUUUUUAAGCGUUUUCAUUAAACUGUUAAAAAAAAGAGAAAUCCAAGCAGACCCACAACCUUAAUUGUUGAUACUGCACUGUUGGGCAAUGUGUGCAUUUUUUUUUGUUUUGUUUUUAACAAAACCUAAUUUUAUGUUCUAUACUUAAGCUUUUGCAACCAAAUUAAUGCAGCCACUACUUGUGUUUAUUUGCUAAGAUUAACACCCUUGUAGUGUACCAGAGAAUGAGGACUUCUCUAAUGUAAUAAAAACUUUGGACCUCUUAUAAACCUCACCGUACUGGCAACAUGACUGUCGUUUCUUGGCUAAAGUUGAUAAAGGUCAAGUCCAGAGUGCUGCACUUUCUAAGUGUAGCAGAGAGAGUCAUUAAAUUGCAGGGGCUGUAAAAUUCAAAUGGAGGUCCAACCAUUCUAAGGGAAUUCAAAGAAAUACAUAUUUUUUUGUGAAGCAUGUGGCUCUAUGUGCUCUCUGUUAUGAGAGAGUUUUCUUAGGGUAGAUUAUUUUACAGGAAAAAUUGCUGUUUAGUAUUCAGUAUCCCAGUAUUUUGCCGUAUAUAUCCUCACCCUUUUAUCAGGAUAUGUAUCACCAGAUUCUUGCCAAAGAAAGGCCCAGCUAUCAAAUGAUAAAGCACAGCAUCAGCAGCAACGCCCAUCAUCCAUUCAGUGUUUUACAACAGAGUCAAACUGCCUCUGAAAGCAUCAUCAGUAACUUGACUCUGGAGUUGCAGAAACCUGUAUCAUUGAGAGCAUGACUCAUACUCCUCUAUCUAGCAGUUUGAUGGACACAUUCUGGCCUGAUGGAUGCUUGCAGAGUUUCUUACAUAAAUGUUUAAUGACUAGUGGAAAGUUUGGUGGAGGAUUGAUAGAGGUCCAGAGAGUGAUGGUUGGAUUUUGGGGUUCCUGCCCACAAGCUCUGGUGAAAUUCUUCAUAGUCUUACAGGGGUAGUAGAAGUUUUUGUUAAUUGGGUACUUUAAAAAAAAAAAAAAAGCCCUGGACAGAGAACAUAAUGUACCAGGACAGGAUUUGCAAACUUUGUGAUGGAGGAAGUCAGUUGGCCUGAUAAGAGCCCUGACUUCUUGCUCAGUGAACACUUUAGUGGGAUUGCAGUGCUGAUCAGGAGCCAGCCUUUUGUAUCCAACAGCAGUAAUGGACCUCACUUUAGUUGCAGAAAUCCCCAUAAACUCAAAAAUCUAAAGGAGAGACUUUGAAGAAGAAGGAUAACUAAAAUGAUUGAAGGCCAAUAUUUAUGAUCAGAGAGAACAGGGAUCCCAGAAGCUCAUAUGGGUAUAAUGCUCAGGAAUCCACUGAUUCUUGGUCAUACAGUGUGGAAUCCCAAAUCCAAUGAAGAGAGCUGCCAAUAAAAGCUCCUGUAAAGUCGGUAAAAUGUCACAGAAAUACUUUUUUGGUCAAGGCUUAACCCUUUGAGCAGCUCAUUAUUUUGUGCUUUGUUGAGGAUGUAUUUCUUGGAUUCUGAAUUUUUAUGUGUUACAUUGUAAUCAAAGUCAUGAUUAUAUUAUUUAGAAACUCAUUUUGUGCAUUUAAAGUAGUUUUGUUAGAACAGCAAUGUAGGGCUGGGCGAUAUGGCCUCAAAUAAAUAUCACAAUAUAUUGAGCAGUUCACCUUGAUAACAAUAAAUGGACGAUAACUACUCCACAAGCUGCUCACCCCCUCCCACAUUAACUUCAUCUACCUCAGCCACCGCUCCAGCCGCUACAACUUUUGAACCGUCCUCCAUCUCUUCAUCUGUCGUUCCCUCUUUGUUACAGACUGGAUGGUGUAGAGUCACAUCUCUGACGUAGGACAGUGUCUUAAAGGGACAUGAGACCAUAGCCUACCUACACACAUCCAAAACAUGGGCAAAAUGACGUUGGUUAUUGUCGUAAAUUUCAGUAUCAUUAAAUCCGGGUUAUCCCCCAGCCCUACAGCAAUACCAGCAUCAGUAGAGACCUUCAGCAUGGUCCUAAAGGGAGGAGUAAGAAUUUCUAAUUGCUCUAAUCACUGCAUCAAACUAGCAUGAGUCCUAAUAAACCCCAAAGGAACUGAUUCUCAGUAACACAUUUUCUGCAAUCUGUGUUUUGUUGUUUUUGCACAUCUCUCUGAUAGAAUUAAUAUGGAACUAUUUAACAGCUGAUACUCAAGUCCAGGUUCUGAAAUAGGUUAAGAAACUCUGUUGCCAGUACACCCCUACUCUAACUCAUUUCUACUUACGUUGACAAAAAUCAGUUCUCACAUCUAGAGAAGAUAAGAGAUGCAGUGAAAAUAAGGCCAGGCUGCCCCACUCCUUCACCCAAAUUGGUCACAAACAAUUUUUCACACUGCUGCCCCCCUUUUUAGCACCUACAGAUCUGUGAUAGCGGAAAUCCCCCCCUGCCCUCUCUUCCAGUGAUCACGUUGCCCAGUAGAAUAGCAGCAUUGUGGCUGCCAUCUUAUGUGCAAUCUCAGCGCGCCUCUCCAUCCGGGCAGCGGCUGGUCAGUCAGGCAGUUUCUUGAAGGCCAGAGGCUCGUAGCACCACGCCUGCUGGCUAGCUGCUCAAUGUGGGCUAUGAGCAGAGCCGCAGGCAGGACACAUGCCUCGUCUUUCACUACGCCCACGGCUCCCAGAGAUUUCCCACUGGGAACUAUUCCACACAAGGAUAAUGAUGAUCCAACAUUUUAACAUUUCUGGAACGGGCCUUGUUGAAUAGAGACUCCCUGCAUGCAUCAAAGGAAGAUGAGUACUUUGUAAAUGAUGAAACACUGCACACUUGCAACAUGUGACUGUUGACUGAGAGUAUACAGACCAAGCAGAUUUUCUUUCAAAGAGUUACUGUAGUUAAUAAUGACACAUGACAUUGGCAUGACAAAAUAAGUCUCUCAUCUGUCAGAUUAGAGAACCCCACCCAUUUUUCUGUUGCCUGCAGCUCCAAUCUUCUAUCAUCCACAUGUAGUUAUUUUCUACCCGAGGUGAUCAUUAUGAAACAACACCUGCCAUGUCGCCAUAGAUAUGGCCUGUGGUAGAGGUCGGUGAUCUAUAUUGUCUGAGGAAGUAGCUUAUUAUUAUUUCAACAAUUGUGUUACAAAAAACAGCCAGGUCUACUCGGAUCACAUCCAGUUUAUGUCAACAGACCACAGUUAUUUUACCAUGUUAAGAUGGGAAACUGUCUUUCCGUAAACUUCACUCCAUCAGAAAGGGAUAUGAUGGUAAACAAUUGGACACCCUCUUCAGUAACAAGAGGAUGUUGAUAAUGGUGUUCAUUAAAUGUGUCUUUUAAACCGGCAGUUGUCUCCUGUACAACUGUCCACAAAGGAAACAAAUAUAAAUAAGUGCACAGCAGGGCACACUUCCUUUUUGGGGUGUUAUGGUUAGAAUGAAAUUGCUUUAUUUGGCUUAACCACUGAGGAAAUUUUAGAGCCAGAUAUCUCUGUCAGAUGCUCUUUUUGUCUCUGUGCACAGUUUCCAAAAAACAAGAUGAUUAGACCUGACUUGUAUAACAAGACUGCCAACAAACUACAGGAAACACCAUAACAGAAAUUUACAUUUUUCAUUUCAUUUUAGCCACUGACGAUGAUGAUGACGAUGGUGAUGAUGAUGAAGUUGCACAUAGCAUAGCUUGUGCUAUUUAUCUGUUGUGAAAAGCGCAUGUAUGAUACCCUCUGAUGACUGCAGCUGAACACAUUUUCUGUGAUGGAACUGACGUUUCAGAAGGCUUGUUGUGUUAUUUAAGGGUGGAGAUUAGGGUUUAAAGUGAAUCCUCCCUUUCUUGACACUGUUCUGUGAGCUCUUUUGCACACAGGUUUUGUAAGUCUGUGGGUGUGCCACCAAAGUAGACUUGCUGUUGCUGUAGCAGUGGACAUGUAGAGGCAGAGGCAUUGCUUUUCUCUCUAAAUGGGAGCAGGAGCUCAUGCUGUAUCAUAAUAAUUUUAAUGUUAAUGAGCAUCGACGGUCUAACAGGCCUUCCUCACUGUUCUGCAGAUAACAGAAUUUUGAGUCCAGCGAAUGCUGCUCUCACAGUCACUCAGAUCAGACCCUCAUUGAACCAUAUGACCUACAUUAAGUUCUAAAUGUCAGGAAAUUCUCCUGCCAUACCCUUUUAAAAUCCAAACCAAAAAGAGUUGACCUUACAGUAAACCGUGCCCACAUGAAGCGAACUUCCACAGUCCGAUGACUUUGCUUCUCUGCACAUGGCAACACCAGUUGUGUCUUUCAUAUUCAGACCAUUAUAGGCAGAUGAAGAAGAGGUAAAUCAGCCAGUUCUGAGCAUUUUUACCAAUUGCCGAUGUUGUGAAUGCACAAAAAAGAAGAAUUGGAUGAAUCACUGAUGAGGAUGAAGAUAAUGACAAUGAAUCUUGUCUCAACAGGGAGGCUCCACUCCUUCCUCUUUUAUCUGCUGGUCUGUGCACUCCAGCGUAGUUUGUGAAAUUGAGUCAUUAGAUGCACUUCUAAAAAUACAGAAAACCCGUCUGCUUUACUGAUGUCACAGAAAGUGCUGAAAAAUGAAGUGACCCGAUUUAGUUCUUCUCUUCUCUGAUACAGAGAUUUAUAUUAAAAGAAAAGUAAACUUGAUCUGUUCUCUGUGUGGAGCCCCCUUUUAAAUGUCUUUUUUAAUGAAAGCAUUUUUUAAAUGAUUUUAUAUAAGAAAUUCAAACUGUAGAUCUUCUUAGUGUAAAGAUGUUGUUGGACCAUGGCGUACGCAUGGUCGUGACUUACUAAGAGGGUAGCUGAAUAGGUGGCAGCACAUUAUAUAGAUUCAGCAUAAUGGAUUCAGAGACCGCCAGAUAGACUCUGUAGGUUUCAUCUUCUUAAUACACAGAAAUUCUUAGAGCGUGUGAUCAUUGUGGUGGUGCUGUAAAUCAUACCCUUGUUUCAAUCGUGCUUGUUUGUAAAUUGUGUAUUAUAUUAUUACAUUUGUAUAAUCAGAUACUGUGAGGCCUGCUGAAUCUUUUAUCUCUUUUUGCCAGUGCUGAUCUGAUAUUGAGUGUUACAAACAAAUCCUAAAUGGAUCCACAUGCCAGUCCUCUCAUUUUAACUAUCUUACCUCUGAAGAAGCUUUAAACUUUCAUAUAAAUAUAUAAUCCAAAAAUAGUGGCAUCCUCUGGUGAAUAUUUAUUAUCUAGGAGUAUGUUUCCCUGCUAUUUUUUGAGAUGUCAACAGAAAAGGCAGCAGUGUCCUGGAGUUUGACAAACAUUGGUCAUAAUGAAGCUCGCUGGUAGAACAGGGACUUCUCUGUCUCUCUCUUUCUCAUUAGCUCAACAUGCUCUCUCAUAACAAACUCAUAUUGGGGAUAUCGUAUUGUAUGGGUGGGAUGUUUCUUGCGCUUAUCAACUGGAAUUAAGCAGAAAUAUUAUGGUCAUAUGUCAGGAAAGACAAAUGGAUAUCAUAUCACGUAUCUGAUACUGGGUGUCAACCCUAGAGAUUGCUCAAUCCAAAAUGCUAAGACACCCAUAAUCUCAUAAUCAUCUUGUGCUGUAAACAAACAGCGGGAGAUGACCUGAACUGUAGUCUUAUGGAAUAUACAGCUCUAGUGUUGUACACUAGGAAUGGCCAAUAACACAUUAUCAUUGACAUGUUACCAAGACUGUCUGUAACAGGCUUUAAAAUAAGAUAUUAUAUAGAAAUAAAUAUCAAAUGAAUAUUUAAACUCAAAUUUCAGUUAAGUCAUACCCUUACACACGAGCUCUAUUGUUUACCUCAUGUAAUCUGUUCAUAUGAAUGUGUGCUGGGUGAUAACUCUAUGUCUGCACCAUCAUUGAGGGCCAUUACAAAUACAAACGACACUUGGUAAAAUGUAUAUAACACUGAUGCAGUAUGGUCACUCUCUGUGUCCGACAUUGUCUGCUGUUCUUACGUGUGUCUGACCCUCUAAGCAGACCAUGGUAGGGUCAGCAGCAUCAGAUGGAAACAAAGCCCCUCUCCUCAAGUUUCAGCAGAGCUCUGUCUUCAGUCUCAAGGGAAUGUAAGAAUGUACAAACCAUUUCAGAUACCCGGACCCCUCCCUGCAUAUUCUUAACUCCAGUUUGGUUGUUAACCUCAUUGUGUCAGGAGAGGGGCAGAGUUUGGAUAAAUGUUUAGUUCCAGAUUAUUUUCAUUGUUGUUGCCAAAUAUGCAUCCUACAUUGAGCUCUGCCAGGCGGCCAGAAGACUGUCUAUUGUUGUUGGCAUUGCACAAGCCCUAUGUUGUUGUUGUUGUUGUUGCAGUGAUUAAAUAGCACCAUGUUUACCGUCCCUUGAAAAUUCCUGAACAUAGACAUCCACGUAUUACUAUUUCAAUUGAAUGCUGCAUUGUUGCUGUUUUCAGCUCAUGACCUAAGUUUCUUUUAGCUCAGUUUGUGUGUAUGUGGGUGUCUAAUUUUAAAAUCCAACACUUUGUCACAUGCUGUGUGGUCCAUAGUGGUUCCUGUGCUGGGCAAAUCCUGCUGUCAUUUUACUUUUUGUCCUGUCUCACACUAUAAUAUGCAAAUCACUAAAAGAUUUGUAAUUGGAUACAGAAACAACAAACUCAUGUAGACGGCGGUGAGGUGUGCAUGUUUACAUUCUAUGGUCAUGUGACACACAGAUAAACACUGCAUGCACAGCGGUCAGUUUCAUGUGUGUUUGAGUACAGAACUGUAAUAAAGUAAUAACAGGUAGACUUUUGUAUUCAUCCUUAGGGGUGUCUCGAUACAACUUUUUUAGUUCUGAUACGAUACAGAUAUUGUAGCCUUCAGUAUUGGCCGAUAAUUAUAUUGAUCUGAUAUUGGCACAAAAUUGUGCAUGACAAGUUUGCACUCAGCUGCAACAUCCUUUCCAUACUGCCACAUGGCCAACAUCACUCCUACUUUUUGCUACUGAAGCAGCACCCACUUUUUCAGCAGUUUUAGCUUCAGUAGUUCUGCUGCUGACUUGACCACAUGAGCACUUUUUUACUCCCCAUGUGCAUCUGUUAGCCUGAUGCUUGACCUUGUUGCUGGUUUACCAGUUUUCAUCCUUUAGACCAGUAGUUCUCAAGUCCAGUCCUCGAGGCCCACUGUCCUGCAUGUUUUGGAUGUUUCCCUGCUCCAACACACCUGAUUCAAAUGAUCAGCUCGUUAUUAAGCCACUACAGAGCUUGAUAACGAGCUGAUCAUUUGAAUCAGGUGUGUUGGAGUAGGGAAACCACCUAAAACAUGCAGGACAGUGGGCCUCGAGGACUGGGCUUGAGAACCACUGCUUUAGACUGUGUGUAGCUGACCACAACAGACCGGGUCCACCUCAACAAGAGGUGUAGUUUAGGAGAUGCGCUCUCUCACUCACUCACUCUUAAACCAUUCCAGCUCAGUCCUUGUCAGAGUUGCUCCAAUCAUUACGCUCCCCUAUUUUGUUUCUGCUUCCAGCUCAGAGUUUGAGGACAAAAUGUUCACUCGCCGCCCAACCAAUACCAUCCACUGACAGAUGCCAUUCUCAAGAGACAAUCAGUGCUAUUCACUCCACUGUCAGUGGUCAUAAUCUUAUGACUGACUGGUGUAUCCUAGAAGGGGAAAAUUUGCUGUCUUUUUCCAGUAUCCUGCAGUCUCACCUGGCAGGGUCCCAGAGAAACCACUUGAACUGUGAUUCAGUCAGUCUAGCAUUUAAAUUUAUCUGGUUUGGAAGAGCAGAACUGUACCACAGUCCCUAAUGCUGCAUUUUAACCCUGAGAGAGUCUCUGAGGUGUUUUACCUUCCAUGAGAUCACACACAGAUAUGCAGAAGAUAUGAAUGUAGUUCAAUUAGAUUUGAUUUUGCAAUCCUAAGAAUACAAAGUUAUCAUGAUCCAUUGUCCCUGAAGGGUAUUGUACGUACUGUAUAUAAAUACUAUGAUAUGGAUUUGAGUUCAUACUGCUCUCUUUACACAGACUUCUCUUUAAGGCUCAGUGUCUGUCCCUGGGCUGUGAGAGUGAACAGGGUUAUCGCUUCACAAAGUGUGUGUGAGGCUUUUGUGAAUUUACCCGAGAAAUCCCCGAGCCCUGCUCUCCGCAGGCCAGAUUUGCAGUUGCUGCCUCUGCAAACAUUGGCUCUGCAGUAAGAGAAGUUCUCCUCUCUGAUACCUCCUGCGUGUUUCACUGACUGCCUGGGAUUUCUCACCCACACUAUUUCCAUCACCCUUUAACCCACUGUGCUCUUCUGCAGGUGAAAACAGACUCUGAAUGUGGUGCCCAAAUGCAAAUUUUCAGCCUACACUUUAAACUCUCCGCACAAAACACAUUUAAAUACUUUUACACAGCUGGAUGUUCCUCAACUCCACAUCAGUUCGCUCUAUGUGGGCUUCGCUCUGUUUCAGCUCUCCUCUCUUUUAUUUCCUCACCUGACUCCAGAGACUUGUUGGCAGGCUUUGUUAGCUUGCUUUGUGUGUGGGGAAGCAGAAUUGUUGAUAAAAGGAGGAGUUGAGUGUAGGAGAAUCGGUCCUCUAGGUGAGGGACUCCUUGCAGCACAUUCAGAGCCAAUAAUAAGGAGAAGAACUGUCUGCGUGCACAAGAUUGUGCUCGCAUGUGAAUCACUGUAGUAUGUGUGAUGUGAUUUAAUAAGGGCUUAAAAUAGGAUGUACUGUACAGGAGGGGAAGUGAUGGUACAUGCCUCUGUGUUUCAUGUCUGACUCACAGACCUUCAGAUGGAAACAGACCCAGCCCUCAGACCUUCACUUACAUCCUGUGUGUAGACAAAGAAGAUUUGCUAUCAGCGAGCUGUGCACUGAUUUACAUGUCAGGCACUUCUCCUUUCAGCUAAUUAGGCUACAUUUCUUAACCUUGCCUAUGAAAAGAAACUAAUGACCUAGUUAAUAUACUCUCUGGGGUUGUACUGAAGCUGAAACAGUUAAGAUUAUUCACUUCAAAUAUUAGUCCACAAUGAGAGUGUUUAUUAUUUCACUCGAUCAGAAUUUUGGUUUAUCAAACUUAUUGUUUCCUCAUAUUAUCUGGAUGUUUUGGUAUUUUUCUAACAGGCAUUCUACAAAAAAACCCUUUUAGUGAUAACUACAUGUCCAAAGAGCCAUAAUAAUCAAGUUACAUGUUAUAGUUUUAAAAUGUUUGUGUUUUUCACUUCUGUUUUUUGUUUUUUCUUUUUAUUUUGAUUUCAGUUGCGUCUUGAAAAGUUUUUAAGCCUAUAGUUUUAGUUUAGGUUAGACUUUUUUCAAUAUGCUUAGUUCUCUUUGUAAUAAAGAGAAAUGAUAAAGAGGUCUGACCAACAUUCAACCCCUGGCGCUGCUUCUGGAUGUGUGUUUGUGUCUGAGAAAAGAUAAAAACAGACAUUUUCUCUGUAUCUUGAUUUAGUUGUUAAUUUUUUAAAGCUCCACUGAGGAAGUUGUGGUUUGUGUCACUUUAGCACCUCCUGUGGACAAAGUAGUCACUGCUUGUCUUGACCCAUAAAAGCUAAGCAUUUUUCUUUGAACGCUUAGCUGACACCUACCCCCUCCCACCGGUUUCAGGCAUUAAAUAUGAUGAUAAACAAGUUGUCAAUCUUGUCUCUAGUGGCUUUGUUUGGUUUUGGAUAUUGUAAAAAGGCAUCUAUACAAAUUUCAGUCUAUUUCACAAGCGCUAAAAAAAGUCCUUACAGCAGUUUUAAAUACACAAUACAGUUUCAGUUUGUUUUCAUGUUUUUGUAAAGCUCUAUUUUAAUUUUUACUUCAGUUGAUAAUAGAUGUUUUUGAUAAAUAUAUUUUGUUAGUUUUUCAGUUGUUUUUUUUUAUAAAAUAUAACAACUUUGAAAAUAACAAACCCUUGAAUCUCAAAUACCGUCUGAAUAUGACAUUGACACUUGGUACUUGUAAUAGCUCUGUAAAAGGGUACUUUUUUUGUCCAUAGAAGUAUCACCAGGCUUGUGCCAAAAGCUCCCAUAGAGAGUAUCUUAAUUUCACAUCCUGCCUGUGUGUAUGACUAAGGAUGUGCAUGCCUAAAUUCGACACACACACACAUUUAGGAGUUCCUGUGUGUGAGUGCACACAUGCAGAACGAUCUAAGCAUGCAAAAUGGGCCUGCUCCUCACAGCAGAGAGCGCCGCACACUGAGCGCUAAUGCAAGUCUGUGGUUGUGAAUUAAUAAUUCAGAACGCUGGCAUCGCUGGGUGGAGCCUUUAUUAUUCAUGGUUGGCAUUGGAACCGACAGAUGACUGCUGUUAAUAUUAAGGACCUGCAGACACACAGUCCUCCGCCAAGAAAGCAGGCAGUCUUCUUCAGUGCUCUCAUGCCCGUCUCUUCCCUCCGUCCUCUGACAUCUACACCCCUUCUCUGCACUCAUCUCAUUUUCUCGAACCACUCUUUUUUUAUGCCUCCGUUCCCCUGAUCUCCGUCCUCUCCAUCUGUGAGCGUCUCUUUCUCUCUCUGUAUCACCGACAUCUCUCUUUCUACAUCUCAGCAUGUCUCAGUCUCACUGUGCUGUGCUGUAUCUCUUUGUUUCCUUUUCAAAGAGCUGGAAAGAGAUGAUUAAUUUGCAGUUGGAAAGUGUUAUGUAACAGGAAACAAAGAUAUUCAGCUGGACCUGAAAUGAAUCUCAAACAUUGAAUUAUUUGAAGAGACAAGUGAAUAUUAGGGCCAGGAGCAUUUUUGGCGAAAACUAAUUCGUCGGAUAUGCGUGUAAUUGUGUCAAUUCAUUAUGUUUGGAAGUUAUCUAAGGGGGAUUUCUGUGCAGGAACGAGCGUAUUCAAGCACGGCAUCAAACUUUAAACAGUGUCCUCAUUGGCUCAUCCUUAGUUUCAUCGGGGAGUACUUCAUUUCGUCCUUGUUUUCUCUCAGAACAACACCAGAUCUGCCUGUGUUUAGCUUCUUUUUUACAGUCAGCACUCACUGUUUCUGCACACAGUCAAUUUUCCCUCUCAAUUUGGGAUUACUCACCUCUCAGGUAAUCUAUAGAAUCUAUUUCGAGCAGUGUGGUCUUCCAGCAUCCUUUGCGAUUUUCAUUAUUUUCCCCCUGCAGCCUCUCUGCCUUCUUUUAAAUCAGAUUUUUCUCCAUGGUGUCAACGCUGCCGUCUCUGAAUGCUUCUUUUAUUGAAGAGAUUUGGAGCUCCAGUCACCACUAAUGCCGCAGCCAUAUUGUCCCCGCACCCUGCUGCGGCGGCUGCUAAUGACAUUCUUUGUGUUUCCGUCCCCGUGCUUUGCCUCUUCGUCUCCUCCUCCUCCUCUGGUCUGAAUGGAGGACUUGUCAUGUGUUGCCAUCAAAGGCGGAGGAGAGGCAGUGAACGCAGCGGCAAGCAGCUUCCUCCCCUUCCUCCUUACUCAGUCUCCCUCACCCCCUGGGAUGUUUGAACCCUCUUCAGAAUGUGUGUGUGUAUGUGUGUUUUUGUGCAUAUUGAGAGACAGCAUACAUUAUUAGGCCAUGGCUGAGGAAUGUGUAUGCAUAUGUAUGGAAGCUGCAGCAUAUAUUAGGCCUGAGGAAAGGGGGAACUUUGUGUAUGUACUUUUGUGGUUGUCUGCUAGCUGUCAGCAAGAGUGCAGAAGCCCUGACAGGAUAUGCAAAGUCCGAGGAGUGUGUGUGUGUGUGUGUCCGUGCACCUGCCUGGCAGAUGUCUUGUCAGAAGCUCAGAGCCUCCCAGAAUCCCACAACCCUUUUGGCUCUCUGCCCACUCCCACAGCCUCACAUCACCACUUCAGCAACUUCCUACACUUACCUGCCUUUAAAGGUUUUUUUUUUUUUUUGCACUCAGGCCAGAGUAGUGAGUCAGUCAUUCUAGCCUUCUGUUUCACUGUGCAUUUUGACACACACACAUAGACAUGUUUAACCGUGUCUUUUGUCUCAACAUCGGAAUUAAAGAUGCAGCUGUUACUUUUCAUCAUGUGCGACAUUUCUCAAAUCUGAGGAUGGUACUGCGAGACCAUGUUAGAGCUGUUACACAUAAAGGCCUUUUUUAGUGACUAGAAAGCUCCUUCUGCCUUUCACUCCUCUUGUUUGACGUCAUCAUGUCUCUUCAUUGCAGCUGAAUAGAGGUGAACAGACAUGGCGGCAGCAGGUGAAAUUUUUUGGAAAUUCCUCGAGCAGCCUUUCCCCAAACCCAUGGUCACCAGCCACUUUUUCAUGGUUUGCCAGUUGGCAGAGUAAGAUGUCCAACUAAUGGCUGAAUUCAUUUUCCUCUCUCAAAUAGAGUUUCAUUCUUUGCUGCUGUGCUGGUGUUCAGCAUAAAAGUUGAGUAAAAUGCCUGACAAUUGGGUGAAUUCAUUUUCUGUAUCAAAAUUGAAGAAUGGUCUACACACUGACUGUCACUCACAACCUCUCAGUCAGAGCAGGAGCCAACGGUUCAAUUAUCAGGUUGUGUUCAGAGGCUGGCUCAGCUAAUCUAGAGUUUCAUUGUUGACGAAGAUGCAGCCUUCAAAGACCGACACACAGGCUGCUCCUCACCUCAGCACAGAUGUUGUCUAUUACUACGUAGCUGUGUUUCUGCGGGUAACACAAAAAUGACACAUUAAAACAAAACUAACUGAAGCUCAUGGUAUUGGUCAUCAUAUUUCAAAUUAAUGUCCAUUUAAAAAACUGAUCUGAAGAAAAAGUAAUUCCAAUGAAUUAUGAUGAAUGAAUGAACCGCUUAGGUUUAAUGUUAUAUGAGGCUUUGAGUACUCAUGAUUUGUUAAGUUCUUUGUAAAUGUAAUUUUCUAAAAGGAUUUAUAAUAAAUCUUGACCCAAAGAGUUUGGGGCCCCUGUCCUAACGGAUUCAGCACCACAGGUUCCUGCUCAUGGCCAAAACCUGGGCUUUUUAGCUUUUCCCUUCACAUUAGAGGAAGAGGGUCCGAAAGGAUUUGAUUCGCUCGUUGAUGACUCAAAACAAGUCGAAAAUAACAUUGUGUGUUGUUGUGCUCACACAGUGCGAGUAGAAAUCAUUAGUGCUGCAUUGAUAAUAAUGCUACUAAUGCUAUUAAUGCUACUCGCCAUGUAGACCGUGUAUACGCUUGAACGUUACCUUUCACGAUGAUAGAAAAGGGUCCGACAGGAUUUGAUGCGCUCCUUGAUGACUCACAACAAGUCGGAAAUAAUGUUGUGUGUUGUUGAGCUCACACAGUGUGAGUAGAAUUAUUAGUGGUGCAUUGAUAUUAAUGAUCAUAUGAAAUUUCAGAAGCGGCGCAUGCAAUUUAGCAGCAGCGGUGAGUGAAUGUAGGGGAAACACUGCUCAUACAUAUGAGUCUGAGGUAGAACUAUGUGAGAUAAAAACUAAAUAGUUAUUAGGUGUGGCGGCUUUUAUUUAGCCGUUGCCGUGCGCCACGAUCAAUUGCAUGUAGGGGAAACCCUGUUUUGAUAAAUUCGCUGAUCAUGUAAUUUUGAAGCUAGUGUGGAGAUGCUUAAAACUAAAGUUCCUUGAGUGGCUGGCUGCAAAAGAUGCCCAAGCAAUACACACAUACUUUGCAGGAACAUCAAAUGUUCACAGCCUGGUACAGAAAAUAAUUAGUUUUAUAUAACUUAUUACUGUUUUUACAGGUCAGACGUUUUUUAUUACUCAUUUGUUUUGAAGAUAUUGCGGUUAAUAGUUUUGUGAAGCUAGGGUAUGGCUGAUUUGUCUCAUAGGCGGGAACAUUGUAGCCGUUAGCAAGGUGGCAAAAAGCCCAUCCUGACACCACCCUUUUGCUUCUUGCUGGGUCAGCUGAAUGAUUGAAUGAAUGAUGAGCUGCUGAUAGGCUUCAAAAUUCAGCUUCAGAAACCAAUGAAUGCCAUCACAGAGACCACAUCUGUGUUUGUAGUCCAUGGCUGUGAGUAGAGCCUGAGCACCAGCUCCACAGUGGAUAAUGUAGACCAGGACUGUCGAACCAAUUAUUUUCAAACUGUUAUUAAUCCAAUUUUUCAAGUUCAUAUUACACAUUUAGUAAUCCUUUUUUAAAAAGUGAAAUAUGUGUUAGUCAUCUUAAUGAAGGCUUCUUAUUAAAAGAGAAGCAGCAUUCUGGAUGUUACCCCAAGUUCAAAACUGAGAGGCAGGCCCCCUCACAGCAGGGAAGCUCUCUAUAAGAUAAGCAGUGAUGAAAACGACUGCAGCCCGCCUCCGCCCGCUCGGAUAUGGAGAGGAUAUAAAUAACUGGGCCUGGAUGAGUGUGCUGAGACUGGAACCACAGCACACAGAGCUCAAACAAUAAGCUGUCACCACUACCCUUCCUCCCCUCUGCUCUCUCCCGUCCAGCAGCCUCCCAGAGCCCGAGAGGGAGAGGAGGGGGGAGCUUCUCUCUCCCUCUUCCUUUCUUUCUUCCACUUCCUGCCUCCCUGCUUUUGUAAUCCCUCAUCAGCGGUGAGCCCGAGCCCGUCACUUGUUACGUCAGAGAACAAGACAAGACGGCUGCCUGUCUGCCCACCUGUCUGUCUUUCUAUCUAGGGGGGAGACGCCUCUGUGUCACGCUGCUCUAUUUUUCAUUCAGUCAGAUAAAAAUAGGGGGAUGACGGCUGAGGAUAAGACGCACAUGACUCCUUUGCACGGCUGCAAUGAAAAGAUGUGAUUUAUUUUUCUUUCCUCUCUUACUCAGUUCAGCUUCCAGUAGGCCACCCUGGAGUUCUCUGUCGGUUUUCCUGGUGAGCCGGUGACAAAUGUAAACUGAAUAAUUUUAGACUGUUUUCGUACGUCAUGUUUUUAUUACGUUUUGAGCUUGAAAAACUAAGAAAUGGGUGGAUAUGUAAUUGUAUCUGUGACAACAGAGCAUGGAUGGUUGUUCGCUCAAACUCAAAGCCAUCUAGCUACUCUGCAGAGUGUCUGAUGUUAUUCAGAGAAUGUAAGGGCAUUCAGGUUCUAAAAGUUUCUGCACCUCCACUUAGGGCUGGAAGAUAAACCAAUAAUUUUCCAAUACAGAAAUUUACAACAAUAAACGUCAUUUUGCCCAUAUCGGUAUCUUCGGUGUCAAAAAAUUUUAAAAAGUUGGUUUUGGAUGAGUGUAGGUAGGCUAUAGUCUCACAUCCCUUUGUGUUGAUGUGGGUGGGGGUGAGCAGCUUGUGGAGUAGUUAUCGUCCAUUUAUCGUUAUCGAGGUGAACUGCUCAAUAUAUCGUGAUAUUGAUUUGAGGCCAUAUCACCCAGCCCUAGAUGGAGUCACUGUAACAUUACCAGUACAGGGUCCAAUCAGUGAAAACAAGCUUUCAUUUUUCUAGAUAGUUUUUUACAUUUCAGUACACCUGAAUUCUGUUUUAUGAUGUAAUUUCACCUGAUGUUUGUCGAAUCAUGUGGUAGAUGAACAAAUUUCGACAACUCAAAUGCAAAAUAUCCUGUGGGGAAAAAAAACAAACUUGAAUUGGUAAAAUAAACCAAGAUGUUAUUUGAGGCUUUCUGCACAAGGUCAGGGUGAACAAAUUUGGCUUGAUGCAUUUACACAUGCACCUUGAAAGUGUUAAGAAGUGUAUCAAGGGUGCAGUGCAUGUGUAGAAGGGGCUUCAGUGAAUCAUGGGUGACCUGGCAUUCGUCCUCACCAUCAAUAUUUAACUGUUUUCUUACUCUUGAGCAAGGCACUUAAAUCUAAUCCCUGUAGUGCAGCUGUCGGUUGAGAAGCCUGUGGUUGUGUUGAGCUGUAUUUAAAAGUUUAUGUUUCAAAGGCCACAAAACAACCACAGCCCAGAGGACUGCAUCGGCCUUUCAUUCCGUCUCCUCUGAACCGGAGUCGAGGAGAGCAGGGAAGAGGUUGCGUGGCACAGUGAAAGCAGCCGCGCGCAGCUAAAAAAAGGUGAAGAUGGCUGGAAAUGUUUCAUGUGGCAGAUGGCAGAGGCAGGCACACAGUCGUAAUGAUUGAGUAAGCCACAGUCUCUCUUAACUUCCUUUUGCUCCCUGAUCUUCUCCUGUAUUAUUUACCAGCCCUCCAGCUCUCUCCACUUUCUCUGCUCUACUUGAGAAUUGAGUGUCCCCUCCGUGCACCUGUUUGUAGCGGAAUACUUGACUUCAGUCUCCUCCCUGCUGUAUUCUCAGCCGUCUCUUUCAGGGACUAAAAUUGACCCAUCUAAGCUUUUUAGAGCUUUCAAUAAGGGAGAUUUUUUCUAUCUUUGUUGUUUGAAAGCUUUUAUUAAAAGGAUGAUUUGCUCAUGCUUUCUCAAUCUCUGAUUUGUUAACUGCUGCAAAACUUCAGUAAGAUUUGCCAGAAUUUGUUGAAUUCAAGGAACUUCAUCGCUGGGAUUGUAUAAUAGAUUAGCUGCCACGAAAGCACAGAUGUGAAUGUCUUAAGUGUGGAGAUGGAACAGAGAAGCUCACUUUUACAAGCACUCAUUAAAGACAGCCUGAUGAAAAUCAUGUUUUUCCUGUUUUUACAUGUUCAUAUGGCUCUUUUCUGAUGCUACAGGACGUAUGAGAAAGAUAAGUGCAAAAUUGCAUUUUUAAGUAUUUCCUGCAUUCAAAUCAUUGUGAAUCUCUGGCAGACCCAAACGGCAGGUUCAGACACAGCGAGAUUUCCUUCGUAGUAAAUCCAAGCUCCGCCUCUGGAGCCCCGCUAUGCAAGCCAGGCUCGGAGAAAUAGAGAGGACGAUCACGGAACAAGCGUGUGCGGUCGCAGAUUGCAAUGCUCAUAAGAAAGCUACUCAUGAUAUUAACUUUCAUCGUAUCCCUAAAGACAUUUGUGUCUGAGAGCUGAAUAGCUCUGAUGUUACCUGCUACUUCUACUACACCAGCAGUGUUAGGCUACAAGCUGACAUGAAGAGAAGUGUGCAGAGCAGAGCUGUCUCUGCCCAUGACUCAGAGAAGAAUUGCUAAUGAGCUACUGGAGCUCUGCAGAAGAAAAGCACUCGCAAAUGACACGUGUAAUGCGAAUUUGGCUAAUAACUUCAUAAUCACAAUUUAAAGACCACUGAGAACUCUUAAAGUAGUUAAAAAAAAAAAAGGGAGUGGAUCUUUAAGUUAAAUGUAAACAGUGUAUAUCCUGUAAGAUGUUGAUGAAGAAUGAAUCUAAUUCUAAGCUGUUAAAGAACUGCUGAGACAGAGUUCACAGCUUAUAUUAUGUUUAAAAAAUACUUGUUCAAAAACUCACGAUCUAAACGUAUAAGUUGUUUUAAAGUCAAGAUUAUUGGUAUAAUGGGAUUUUAUCUGCGUAAGCAAAGGCUCCACUUCUUGGUGUCAUCUGUUGAAAGUGCAGCAUGGUGAAACAACAGUUGUGUUACACUGUGUACUUUUUUAGUCUUUCAUUAAUAAGCAACAGAUGACACUAUCUACCAACUGCAACAUUUGACAUUUGUGCUGGUGAGCAAGAUGGUGAGUGUUGGCAGGACAAAGCGAGAGAAGCAAAGGAAAGAAAAAGAAAUACUUUGUUCAUCACUGAAGGGGAAUUCAAUUUUCAGGCUCUGUUAUUGGACAUUAUUCACACGCGCACACACACAUACACGCACAAGCAGGCGAUUACACACAUGAACCAAUGAGGAGAUAUUAGAGUGAGGGGGCCGCACACUGACAGGCACCUCAAGCAUUUCAGGGAUUCAGUGCCUUGUUUUAGGACGCCGAGGUAGUUUGUUUGACGUAAGGUAGCACCUUUUUAGCUUCCAGCCCUUCACUUUUUUCCAUGCCAGCAUUUAAACUAGAUUGGUGACCCCCUCCAUUCCUUCCCACAAGUGAAAUUGUUACCCAUAGAAAGUUGAGGCGAUAAUAGGGCUCUAUGCGAAACACUGACAAAAUUACCUAAUUCAACAGUGAAAGUGGAACCAAGACAUGGAAAAUUGUGGAAUUUGCUGAAAUGUGGGUGUGAUUAACCAAAUGAAAUUCAGCUUCUUCCCUGAAUUAGAUAUAACAGUGCCUCAGACCCACUAAACCUGUGGGUUUGGGUAGGAGAUGGAGGCACUUUUUGUUCACUGACAUUUUCACAUGAGGUACUUUAUUGUAAAAACAAGAAAGGAGUUAAAUAUUUUGUUGUUGUUUUGGAAGAUUUUAAAUUGGGAUAGGCCAAUAAAUGUAUUUAUAAAAGGGCAAACCAUGUCUGCAGACACUACAGGUAGGCUCAUCAGCGUAGCUACUGUCAAGCUAAGUCCUUUCAAAUUAGAACGUAUUAAAUGACAGCAAAACAAAUCCAACAGUAGCCAAGUACUCCAAUUUAUAGAAUAACAGAGUUUGAUAUUGCAAGUUUAAUAAAUAUGUCAUGUUCUGAAGUUUGUAGUAUAGCCUGACAUAAAAGUAAAGCAGACUGUGUAAAAAAUGAAAACCAAUUCCAGGGCCCUGGAUUAUACUGAAGCAUAGUGACACAGAUAUGUCUAUUUUUUUUUUUUAAUUUCUUUAAACCUCUUUCAUGCAUCCACAAGCUUUUUUUUCAGUCAGCACACUGUAACUGCAUAUAUGAGUAAUGUAGGAAAUGCAGAUUCAUGGACACACUGUCAAACCCACUGUCCCGAAACACAGCAGUGCUGCCACACAAAGAAGGUUCGGGUUGUAAAUAUAUGGGGUUUACUCCAGGCAGGGUCUCAUUUUGGAUGUCAGUUUUAUUGUAUGCAGUUUAGUGACCUGAUGGUAUCAGGAUGAAACUGAAUGUCCUUUUGUACCAACUGAUUUUGCUGGUAGUUGUGUAGUUUAGUGUUCAGUGUGGUUCUUGCAUUUUGUAGAGGUUGUGUAGUACGGCAGUCUUUCCUCGUCCCUGCACAGUGUUCACACUGUCUGUCUGAGUCCUGUGAUCAGUAGAGCAUGUGGAGGCUCAGUAAGGACUGCCUGCUGUGGAGGGGGACGGCUCAUCCAGAUGAAAAGGACAUGAGGACACUGAGGCUUAUUAAAUGUCUGGUGAUAUGGCUUCAAUCUCAGGGCACAUAUCUCGCUGUGUUUGCUCUAAUUGAAGCCCACUUCCUGGUUUUUCUCACUCACACAAAUAAGGAGAGAGAGAGAGAGAGAGAGGUCAACACAAAGGACGGUUCACUUUGAUGUGCUCCCCCGCAUCUUUAAAAUCCAGCACUGCUGCAUUGGAUAGCUUAUGUAUUGUCGCUUUAUUGUGCUCAGUACAGCCUCCAGGGUUGGCAAGACUCUGUCUCUGCUGCUCUAUUAAAAAUCAAGAGGUUGUUGUAUUUAUUGAAAAAUCCCUCUGCUAUGUUUGGACUGAUUUUCAGAUCUGCUCCUUCCAUUCAUCUGUCAGCAUCUCAGACUCAGAGUUCGCUGUGAUUAAAUGAAGACAAAGUCAUGCCAGAGCUGUUUUUUCAGUGUUGUCUGUGUUUUCUUUAUCUGUUCCUCAUUGACUUCAUAUAAGAAUUGGACAUAGCCAGUAAAGGCAUGUGCUUAUCUUGUAAUUUUUCAAACAGGAGCUAGGGUCAACUUGAUGAAUUACAGGAAUCUGUUUAUGUGGAAGAAGAUAGAAAUGAUAGAAUGUCAGUUAGUAUUUUCAUAGUGAGUUUAUGAUCUUAACAGCUGGUUUCAUUUCUUCUGUUAGUUGUUAUAAACCAUUGUAGCGAGCUAUACCAAACCAAAUGUCAUUUGUUCAGUUCACAUUGCCAUUCCAAGUAUGGAGAUAUAUCAUCACUGUGAUACGUGAUAUCGAACAGAUUCACAAAUUUUGACAAUGACAAUAGAAUUACCUUCAAAAUGAGUGAUAUAAGAGCAUUGGCUGAUAUGUGGGUGUGGUUAAAUAACAUCUUGUUUUUUUUUACCAAUUCAAGUUUGUUUGUUUUUUGUUUUCCCCCACAGGUUAUUUUGCAUUUAAGUUGUCCAAAUUUGUUCAUCUACCACAUGAUUCAACACAUUUUAGGUGAAAUUACAUCAUAAAACAGAAUUCAGGUGUACUGAAAUGUAAAACACAAUCUAGAAAAAUGAAAGCUUGCUUUCAUUGAUUGGAUCCUGUACUGGUGAUAUUACGGUGACUCCAUUUAGGGCUGGGCAAUAUGGCCUCAAAUCAAUACCACAAUAUAUUGAGCAGUUCACCUCGAUAAUGAUAAAUGGACGAUAACUGCUCCACAAGCUGCUCACCCCCUCCCACAUUAACUUAGUCUACUUUAGCUGCUACAACUUUUGAACCGUCUUCCAUCUCCUCACCUGUCUUUCCUUUUUUGUUAUGGACUGAUGGGGUGGAGUCACAUCUCUGAUGUAGGACAGCGUCUUAAAGGGACAUGAAACCAUAGCCUACCUACACACAUCCAAACCAACUUUUAUUUAUUCAUUUUUCUGACACUGAACAUACUGAUAUGGGCAAAUGGGUAAAUUUUCUGUUAAUCGCCCAGCCCUAGCUCCAUCUACUCCUAAAAGAGAGCAUAAGAAGUUAGACUGGCACCUUAACAUAGUUUAGAAAGAACGAGCUUCUUUUAAUCAGACUCUGUCUUCCAUACAAAGCUCAACACUGUUAAUAGAAGUCAAAUCUUGAGGUAUGAAUUGCCCAGAAGCUUAAUGUCUGCAGUAUGAUACAGUGACAGAGCAGGAAUAUAAAUUAUGUUGAAUAUAAAGCAUUAGGAUUGAUAUUAACCUGUUGUAUUACUCUCUUUGCACAGGUCUGAAUUUGCAUGUUUCACAGCCCUGUCGUAUUUACUCUCUGUUUGUCAUUAACAGUACCUAAAUCCUCUGAGUGGUCGUGCUCGGGCUGUUGCAGACAUGCCUGCUGUCAAAUAGUUUACAUAUAGGGAAAUGUGAUGCAGCCACGAGUCAUUUGUUGUUGACAGUUUCAUGCUGUCCACUCUGCAGAGCCUGCAGCACUGUGAGUGUUUUUGUCAGCGUGUAUAGUGUAUUUGCAUAGUACCCAGCAGGUCACAUUUACAUAUGCCAGGAAGCUCUGACAUGAAAAGAGUAUGUACAGAGAGUCAAAGUAAUGACCAUAACUGAAGUAUGUUUGUGACACCGCCUCUUAAACUCCUCUAAAAACAUCACAGCUGGGAAUAGACCGUCUAUCUUUAACCUCUGUGAGGUUAUAAAUGUAGAUUAUUUCUGAUUAUUUGUACAGGGAAGUGUAUCUGGUGGUCCAGGUCUGUUUGUGUCCGCUCAGCUGCUGCCAAACAGUCUGAUCAAACAGGAAGGCAGUCAUUCAGUCAGUGCUGUGUAUGAGAAGAUGUUUAUCUGUCUAUUUCAAAUCAGGCAGCCAUAAAAACCACACAAAGUAGGCCAGACACCUGAAUUUGACCCGACUGCCCCACUUUGUCAGAUAGAUACUCUCCCUAACAGCUGCAGAUCUGUGAAAAAGAAAUGAAGUAUGGUUAGGAAUUAAAACUAGAUCUACAUGUAUCCUCCGUAACUACCUCAUGGUUAAACAUGUAGUAGCUGCAGUCUGAAUCCUUCGCAGCUUUGCUCUCCACUUUCUUCUGAACCGUGCUCUGCUGUCUCCUCUGCAUAAGUUCAUGUGAGUAGGAGAAGGCUAAAGAAAACUUUCAGCAAAACACAAGUAUUGAUUUGAAUCCUGAGGGUUGAGUUCUUCCAAUGUAGAAAAGCAGAUGAUUCAGAUGGGAAAAGAACUGCAGUCUUAAAGAGCUAACAUACCGCUGUAUUAUCCUAGAUGUAAAAACAUGCAGUGCUAUGUGUGCUGCUUUUGUUUGGCUAAACUUGACUAACCACUCCUUGAAUUUGAUGGGAAUGUUGUUUAGUGUCUAUAAGGCUGUCUUUUGUUGAGUGUGAUUGGGGCUGAUGUUUUAAUGCUGGCUCAGUAAAUUGAAUUUCCCCAUGGUAGCAUUAAAAAACAUUCGGUGUUAAACAGAUGUAGUGGAUGUCAGAGCUACACUAAAUUAUCACCCAAGUUUAAGUCAAUGUUUAUUACCCCUCGAAGGCGCUGUGCGAGGCGGGCUGUAAUCUGUGUGUGUCCUCAGGCUUGCUUGGACGAGUCCCCCUGCUUACAUAACCCGAGGCUUUGCUGCAGAAGUUUUAGAGACUGAUAUCAGUAGUCUGAGUUUAACACCAGCCCAGCCUCUUGUGGUUUCUGCUCAGACUUUUAUUUGUCCAAAGAAAGCUGACGGAGCAACAAUCAGUGAAACAUUCUCUCACAGUCGCUCGCUCGUUCGCUCAUGGUCGGUGUCCAGCACAAACAGCAUUGUGAUCAUUUGGUUCAGUGUCAGCUAAUAAUCGUGAGCUAAAUGUCCUAAAUUGUAAUGAGCUAUUCAAGAAAAGGCUUCUAACUCCUUCACAAGACAAAUCUGCUCAUUUGAAAAGGAUCUAAGUGACAGAUUUGUGCAAUUGUAAGAUGGCGUUAUGGGCUUUUUCAUGUAAAUGAGCUCAGUUUCAUGGCAGUGUGAUUGUGAAUGAGGGAAUCUGCUACUCUAUCAUCAUCCUCUCCACUAUCACUGGUACAAGUCAGUCUCACAUCAGCUGUCAGAGCAGCUUUAAUGUCUGCUGUGAUUUGUUACAUUUAAAAUUAAGUCUAAAUUGCAACAAAUUAGUUCUGCUUUAUGCAGGGAGAAGCAAUCUGCAUAAUGAGAUGUGAUCAAAGUCUGCUGUAAAAGAAUCAGAUAUGACAAGCAGAAUGUAAAAAUAAAAGAGACAAACUUCUAUAUGCUUUCGGCAGGAAACAUAUUUUAAAGUUGUUAUGAGACAAUCUUUAUCCAAAGCUUUUAAAACAAAGUGAGGCAGCAUUAGUUUUUUUUUAACUCUGAAAUAGGGCUGGGCGAUAAACUGAAAAUUUUCCAAGACCAAAAUUUACGACUAUAACAGAUGUCAUUUUGUCCAUGUCAAUAAAUUCAGUGUAGUUAGGCUAUGGCCACACUAUCUUGUGACUCAUCCCCAUCCAGUCCUUUACAAAGAGGGAAAGACAGGAGAGGAAAUGAAGGACGGUUCAAAAGCCGUAGCGGCCGUAGCGGCCGUAGCGGCCGUAGCGGCGGCUGAAGUAGACAAAGUUAAUGUGAAAGGGGAUGAGCAGCUUGUGGAGUAGUUAUCGUCCAUUUAUCGUUAUCGAGGUGAACUGCUCAAUAUAUCGUGAUAUUGAUUUGAGGCCAUAUUACCCAGCCCUAGUAUCUGUUAUCUAAAGCUUAACUUUUAAAACAAAGCGAGGCAGCGUUAAGGAUUUUUUUCACUAAUAUGUGAUGAUGGGACUGUGGCUGUCACAGUGAAGGUAGAGGAGAGUCCUUCGCAGUGAUGAUGAGUUUUCCAACAUCUUUGAGAAGACUCGUCUUCAACAAGGCCAGCAUGGCUCCGAGCAAAGACCUAGAUUUGCCACAGGAUGUUUUUCACUGACAUGCUUUGUGUGCAACAGAGCAGUAUAGCUUCAGGACGUUGGCGCAGCACGGAAAGAAAAGUGAACAUCGCUCUGGAACUAUAAUGAACAGAUUUGUCUCGGAGGCAGAGGGCAGUGAAAUAUUAAUGCGCUGAAACUACCAAACAGAUAUAAAGUAGAUGGUAGAUGAGCAGCAGGGCCCCACAUUCACGCUGCUAUGGCUUUCUUUAUUAAAGCAGUGCUUUUGCAGAAAACUGCAGCUGUAGCUUUGUGGCGCGCAGACUUUCACAGGCAGAGAGAGUAAAACACAAUUCUAGUUAUUAUUAAAGUAACACAAGACACAAACAGUAAUAAUUUCACAGUCAUCUGGCAGAGCAGGCAGUGAUGUAACAGCAGGCUUUGAUUUAGCACAUCCCAGUGUGUUGCCAUGACACUGUCAUCAGCAGCUCCUGUUGCACACAAGACAGAAAUAAGAAGCAGGCAGAGGAGGAGGAAGUGAUUAACACUUGUGUUGGGCGCAUCUGUUGGCUGCACCGCGCUUGAAUGCUAAAUGCAUACUUUGAUAUGUGACCUUUACACAUAAACAGCCGCAUAGUUUUAACGCUAAAUAUUCAAGUCUUGGUGCCAGGCACUCAGCUGUGAUCAUGGUGGGAAUACAAAUUAUUAAACUGGGUUUGGACCAAUAAAAAUGUUGCAUAAAUAUGUAAGGUUCCCAAUGCAUGUGUAGCUGCUGUGUGCUUCCAGAUGAGAAAAAAAAAAGAUUAAAAAAAAAUCACAGGGCAGUCAGAGUAGUUGAUUGUAGCUCUGAUCAGAUCAGCAUUAUCCAAUUCAUGCAGGCACGCACAUCAGGUACAAUACCUUGCAUCAUACAGCAUCACUCAUCCGCUGCUGAUAUGUAUAUUAAACAUUAAGACAAGAGGACAAGUCAUCUCUUUAAAUAGUAUUAGUUGCAUUUAUAUCACUUCUCAAAAAACUGAACUAAAUUGGUUUUGAAAUCAAAUUCUUUCAAACAUUUUAAUCAUGUAUUUUACUCAAAUCGAAUAUGAUGCGUUAGAGUCUUGAUUGCAUAAUCUCCUUUAGGGUCAGAGCUGUGUAGUUUUUAUAUGCUAACUAAGGUUUGUUGUUUUUCUGAGUAUUUAUUAAUGUAAUAUGACUGUUUGCAUUAAGCAUGUGACCCCCCUUAAUCCUUAAUAUUUCAGAUAUUUCCAAACUCCUAUUUUAUGACUGCUUUUUCAUUACUUAGCUCAUGAAACGUAACUUGCAUGGAGUUGUUCUGGGGUUAUAAGACAGAUGUGCAAUGUGGGAAGGGAAAUUUCACAACAGAGGCAUGACUUGAAGGAUUAAAUUGUGAUUUUAUUUAUUACUGUAACAAUCAACUGCAAUAUUUAUUGAUUGAUUGCAACACCUUUGUACAAGUUGUUUCCAUUGUGUCCUGAACUCUAAUGAACUUGGAACUGGACUUCCUGACUUAAACUUUGUCUUCUUCCUGGUAGCAACACACCCAAACAUAUGUAUCCCCCUGACUCUUGGGAGGCAUAGCCAUUGUGUGUCUGGAGACAGACCUAAGCUUUGACCUUGCUAUGCAUUCAGCAAGAGGGAUAUUAUACAAGCUUAUUUCAUGGCCAUGUCAAGUACCUGUGUCUGAUUGGUCAAUACUCCAUAACAGCGGUCUGUUAUUUCUUAAUAGCAGACUGUUAUCAUACAGAAAGCACUGUUGCCAGGAAUGUCGUUCUGGUCACUGACUCCAGAAGUAAUCACAUCAAUGUACAGGAAGGAAGUCAGGCUGAUUUGAUGUGAGAUUGUAUAUGUCAGAGGAAAAGAACAGAGACUAACGCAGCAAAGAAAACCUCAGGAGAGUUAAAGCCACAUAAAAAAAUGAAGUAGAGGCUGUGGAAGAGAAAACUACAAAAUAGCACAUUAACACCUAAGGAAGACUGAAGGGUGAUAGAGAGUUGUUUUUAGACUCUAAGUGGAAGAGACAAUGUCACAGACUGAUAGUGACAAGACAGACAAACUCAAUCAGGAGCUGUGCUGUUUCGUGUGGACCUGUCCACCUGGAUCCACAUCACCACCAGUUGAAAUUGGGAUGGGAAUUGAUCGUCGUUUCUGCUUAUUAAACUAAGUCUUUAUCAGUUCCUGGGGAUGUUCUGCGUGGGAAAAAAAUGGACCUGAAAAGUUUGUCUUUAUCAACGACACAAAUUUUACUCAGUUUGUUAAACUACACUGGCCUGCUAAGAUGUGAAGCCUAGCUUCUGAUCAGAGCUUUAAACACCUGGGAGAGUUUUUCGGCCUCCAUCAUGUGGUGUAUCACACAACAUUCAUUCUUAGUCUGAGUUUUGAAGCGUCUUCCUCUCAGUCAAACUAAAGAAAGUGUUUGUAUGCUUUAGUCUUCAGUCUAUAGUAGGGAACUAAGAUGAAGAUGCCCUGGCCUUCACUGAGGGACACUUGACUGACUUAAAGAGAGCGAUGUAAGGAGUGUGAUGCUGAAGCUCUUGAAUGCUCGAAGGCAUUCCUCAGCACUGCAGAGAGAUAAGAAUAGCCCUCACUCCUCUCUCCUCCAUUGGUGAGCUAGCUGUGGCUGUGGGUUGGUGAAGUGAGCUGCUCUGAUCCAGCAGCACCGCUCCAGAUGUACAGAGCAGCAAAGGGAGAGGAGCGGGUGCCCUCUGGGUGCAGCCGAGCGGCCUGGCCUUGAAUAUAUUUGGCUCUGUCAGUUUGCAUACAGAUCUGCACCGGUCUGCAAUUAGACUGCUUCCUGUUUCUACACAGGAUGAAGCGGUGUGGUGUGGUGAGGCAGGGUCAGGGAUCUCAAAGAUCAUGCUGGGCAGUAGGCAGGCCCUCUGGAGGAGUUGCAUCAUUUCAUGGCACUAAAAUAACGCUGUUUCCCAGUUACUUUGGAUUUGCAAAACAACUGACUUGCGUUGCUUCUUCCCUUUUAAAUAGAAGUGAAAGCUCUCCGCCUCAGACAUUCAUGGGAAAUCACAGGGAAAGAGCACAUUUAGGUGAACAUUUGAGCUUGAACUUGUAUUCUUGUCCUCAGUGGUGCUUUGUUGACUGUUUGUCAAGCCGUCCUGAUGUUCCUGAGUUUACAGUCGCAGGAUGCCGUGAUCAGAUCACCCACACUGACACCGGCCAGCUCCAGCCCCUCCCUGUUUCAUACAAAGCACUGGAAAAUAUGCGUCAGCUACUUCCUCCUUCUCCCUCCCUGUUUCAACUUCCUGUUCUGUGGGCUGGUCGGAAGUGAGAUGCUUUGAAUGGAGGCUACUGCGGGAGGAAUAAUGCAGACACUGUUGAGCUAUUGUUGCAUUGAUUGUGCUCGCGCUGGUUAAAGCAAUGAAGGAUCAGGGUUAAAAGAAUGUGAAAGAAUUUUUUAGGGAUUUUUGGCAAGAAAAGUGAGAAAGUCACUCACACUUGCACUUUAUUGGUGAAGAACAGACAGCGUACACAUGUGAGAUUAUUCUGAACAAAGAGCUCAAAAUACAUUUUCUCAGCCACAAGCCAGCACCCCGCAAUCUCUCACCAACCUUCAGCCACACUCUGAUACACAUCAGCUGUUCAGUCAGACUGUGUUUGUACUUUAACUGAAAUGCAACACAAAGCUCUUCACAUAAUCUGUAUGUAUCUGUGUGUUAUGAAUAAGAAAGCUUGAUAAAAACAGGAACCAACAACGUGAGGAAACGUUAAUAAUGAAUUCAUAAUUAGAAACCACAGAUGGAGGGAUGGAUGUUUAAAUAGCAGAACAAGAUAAGAAUAAAAUUUCUGAUUAAAUGAGAUUCAGAAAUCAUCAGUAUCUGUAAGCAAAUAAAUUCACAUACUGUACUAAAAACAAAACCACCCGCAUGAAUCAGGUGGCUUUAUAUACAAGAGCGAGAUGGUUGUAGUGUUUAGAGUAUUGACAGAGGAUUUGGAUAUGCCUGCAACGUUGUGAUAAAUUAUACAUGAGUAAAGAGGAUGAAUUCAUAUAAUAACAAUAAAUAAUACAUGACAUUUCAUCGUCUUCAUUUUUUUAUAUGUCUGCUGCAGUUCUGCUUUGGUUUUUUCCACAUGAACUCCUCCUGACUUUGUCUGAGUUCAGGGUUCAUCAAAGUGACAGCCUGAGUGAAGGAACUGUUCCUGCGUCUGAUUGUUGUGGAGUUCAGAGCGCCAUAAUAAGUCAGUGGAGUCAGUUAACCAGUUACCUUCACAAAAAACAGUUGUGACAUGCGGAUGGGUGUCAUCUAGCCAAUCCGAGAGUGUUCCCAAAGGGAAAGACACACUAGUGCUGGAGCGAAACUAGUCUGGUUUUUAAAGCUCCAGUGAGGAUUUUUUUUUUUUUCUUUUGGAUCGAUGCAGUCUUUCUUACCUUCAAAAACCUCAUCCUCCUGACUUUUGACAGUCAAAUAAACAUUCAUGGUGUGUAUUUUAUGUGGAAAUUAUAGAAAUGUGUCUGUUUCUUCAGCUGCUUUACUGACACCCAGCCUUUGCACUGGUGUUGGUUGUUAAAAAUGACAUUGUAGAAACAGUCUGUCUUGUUGAUGAUGGUCCUGUUUGUUUUUUUAGAGAAUUAAAAAACAUCAAAAUGAAUUUCAGUGUAUUUCAAUAAGGCCGAAAAACUUCUCACAGGAGCUUUAAUUAGUGAAUUUUAUCGACCGUCUGUAAACUAAAGACUGAUAGAUUAUCUACUAAGUGCCUCUGCCUUGGCGGUUAAUCAGUUUCCUCCCAGUUUGCUCCUCUAACUAUUGACUUUCUUCUUUCCAUGGCUUUCUCGGCACACAGAAUUCACUGACUUUUUGAAGUGCAAACUGAGAAAGUCCAUUCACAGUAUCUUUCUCCAGCUUCCAUCUCCCUCCACCCCCGCCACCCUCACUCUCUUUUCACUAUCUUUUUUUCCUCUCUCUUUCCUCUGCAGCUCUCUUCACUGUCACUGUGUCAAGGUCACCUUUAUAUCUGUAGUUGGCUGCAAUCACAAAAUGCUCAGAAGACUUGGCUAAAAGAAAACGGCUGCCCUCCACUCUUAUCGUUUGAGAGGUUAAAGAAUUUCUAUCCAGUCCAUCUUGUAUUACUAGAAAACAGAAAACAUGUCCGCCAACUGUGCUUUUUUGGUGUUCAUUCCAGCAUCUGACUUUAUUGUUGAAAGAAUAAGAAUAAAAAACUUGGGAGAUCAGUCAGUGGAUGAAGACCAAACCUCGGGAAACAUCGCACAUACUGUACAUCUGAGUUGAGUGUGCAGCAGAAACCUUUUGUCAGCAUAAGUAUGAAUACUGUGUCCUUUGAAAGGGAAUUAAAAACAUAUUGAUUUUUCCCACCGUUUGUUGUGCCAAAACUUGGAUAUGGAUUUUUGCUGCCAGAGAUGUAUCGUUUAUGAUCAGCAUUGUUGAGCAAACAUUAAAAAGUCAACCCAUCUAUGAAUGUAUCUCAGAUUCAACCCCUAAAAUCAAAACUCAUCCAAACUAAUUUUCUGUCUUUUCUGUUGCAGCUCUGAUGGUACUAGCUGAACAGUGACCGCUUCCUGCCUGAGGACACCUGCUGCCCACUUCCCUUCACCAUGUCUGGGAUGCAUGUAAGUGAUGCUCGUGUCGCUUUGUGGAUGAAUUAUUUCAAAUUUACCAGCCUGAUUUAAAAAGGGCACAGCUUUUCCUUCUAUAUAGGUACACUUCGAGUGCUCAGGACAGCUACCAUCAAGGGCUGCAUGAUUUUGGCCCAAUUUUUUUCUCAGAAAACUCGAUUUUCACCAAACUUCACUUUAAUAAGUUUUUCUAUCACCUCUCAAAACGAAACCACUGAAACGAUGUAGUGCAUAUGCCAAGCCAGUAGGUUGCGCUGUAAUGCUGCACAGGAAAUGCACAGAAGACAGAAGACAGAAGAAGAGCACAGAGCAUGUUUAGAAAGGUGUUUUGGCCGGACACACGCAGGCGCCAUAAAAGAGUUAUGCUGUGUGUGACAUAAUCGUUUUGAGAGAUGCAGAUAGGUGUCCAAACGAAGAUUAAAUUGUAGUCGUUUAAGGAUUUAUGCACUCUCUGACCCAUUUUCAAAGAGUACAGUUUAUAGUCACCCGAAACACUGUUUCUGUGUGGAUGAAACGCAGAUACACCAAAAAACUUUAGCGUUUACUCUUGAAUUAGCUUCCAUGUGGACGGGUUGUUACCCCCGUCAGAAAGACUGCAGGGAGUGGUUUGCUCUUCGCCCGAAACUGCGAAGCCGUACCAAUUCCGUAUGACUGACUUGCUCUUGCCCUAUUUAGCCACGAAUUAUCGCCCUCUUCUAUAAACGCCAUAUUUGUUUACAUUGGUGUGUGUGUGGGAACAGGGGAGCGCUCCUGCAAGAAGUGGGAGCCUACGGUGACGAUUUGACGAUUUAAAUUUUUUUAACAUCGUCAAAAUCAAAUAAUCUGAUUACAAUUUAAAAUCAAUAAAUUGUGCAGCCCUACUACCAUCUAUUUAUCCCCUUGUUAUUUAUCUGGAACAAUUGCAUGUACUCUGUAAUUGGAUAGCUCUCACUGAAAGGAACAAUAGACUGAACAUUGUUUUACAUUUUGUUACCAACGAGUUCCACUUCUUGUACCUCUAGUUCUGAUGCCACUACUCUGUUUAUUCACCAGCAUAUUUAUAAAAGAUUUGUGGUACAUGGUUGUUCCCAUGCAGAAAGAUUAAUCAUAUGAGGAAACUGCCAACCAUAGUCAUUUAUGUUUCUGCAGAAUGAGGCAGUAAUGCCAUCUAACAGGUUUCUGAUCUAUUAUUUUCCAUGCUUGUUUAUGUAAUGACUUGAAGGGUGAGAUUGUUGUUUGUCUGGCCCGGCUCCAAGCAGGUGUACUGUAAGAUAAGUGGGACAACAUGAUAGUACGAAUAAACCGCUGUCCUUCAUAUAUGGUUCAGUUCAAAUAUACAGUUUUGCACAGUCUCUUUACAAGUUCAGUGAUUGAAGUUAGGAAUCUAUUUUUCUUUCGUUGAGAGAUUCUUCGUUUGUCCUCAGUACUCUUUUAAAGAGUAGUAGACUGUCAAGAUGCUUUUGAUUCAUUGUUUGAUAUCAUCAAACAAACUCUGCUGUGGUCCGUGUCUCACUCUGUUGUACAGAGUUAUUUCUACUUAAUAAAAUCCUCACAUGCUUAGGUUACCAACCCCGAUCAAAAACAAUAGUGUUUAUCCAGCUCAAUGUUGUGUUUAGGUUUUUCAUAACAACAAGGGCAUUAGGUAUAUAAGUCCUAAAAGUGUCCUAUUCAUAAAAUUGAUAGGUGAAUAAUAAUAUUAUCUUCAUAACUCUUUCAUUCAAAAUCUCUACACGUCCUCAGGUUCGACAUUCCUCCUGGAUUUUAAUAUUAUCAGGCACCAGCUGUCAAAAUGUAUUACUGCUGUUUGAUAUGAACCAUACAGUUCUCGCUCUAGUCAAGAUAAAAACAAGCCUGUGCCAAAUUUUUCCUUGAUCUGCUGAAGGUUUUUGACAUCAUUGAUCACCAUAUUCUGGCUUUUUUAAAUUCUGUAUCAAACAUCAGGAACGAACCUUGAAGCGCUCUGUAAUUACUUCAUUGUUUGUUCCUGCUUUCGGAUGUCGCCUGUAACCCUUUUAAAAACCGAAACACUCAAUUUACUACAAAGAUGCACUUCAUGCCUGACAUGCUGGGAGCUGCUGUCUCUCUCUUGACUCCUUCAGAGUUAAACUUAAUAGUUAAUAACCAACUUUUUUAUGUUUAUAGAUCAGCCUUUUGUGCUUAUUUUUUCAUUUCUUUCUCUGGGUUUAUGAAAAGGCAUUGUGUUUAGAAAAAUACUGUCAUUACAGUUUAAGUCUGACACUGUUUUGAAAAACCUUGUUCUGUAAAGCUAGCAUAAUAAGAUAAAAUAAAAAAUCUUUGCUUUGGAGUAACUAAGGGCAUAAAAACAUGGAUACAUUUUUUUGCCUGUUCGUUAGGGCUGGGUGAUAUGGCCUCAAAUCAAUAUCACGAUAUAUUGAGCAGUUCAACUCGAUAACAAUAAAUGGACGAUAAUUACUCCACAAGCUGCCCACCCCCUCCCACAUUAACAUAGUCUACUUCAGCCACUGCUCCAGCCUCUACAACUUCUGAACUGAAGGAACAUGAGACCAUAGCCUACCUACACACAUCCAAAACCAGCUUUUAGUUAUUUAUUCAUUUUUUGACACAGAAUAUAUCGAUAUGGGCAAAAUGACAUCGGUUGCUGACGUAAAUUUUGGUCAGUAUCGCCCAGCCCUAUUGUUCAUCCUAUUUAAGGUUUUUUGCAUCUAUAUCUUACUUUAACCAAAGUUUUGCCAACAGUUGACCUGAUAACACCUAUCAUUGCCUUUUAGGACAAAGUAGAAGAGAGAAACAAAAUAAUCAUAUACCCUAAUAUUCAUCUUAUAAGACACACCUGAAUGCAGAAAUCUGAAUGCAGACUGUCAAUAGCUUAUAGCAGUGGUUCUCAAGUCAAGUCCUUGAGGCCCACUGUCCUGCAUGUUUUGGAUGUUUCCCUGCUCCAACACACCUGAUUCAAAUUAUCAGCUCGUUAUCAAGCUCUGGCUUAAUAACAAGCUCAUCAUUUGAAUCAGGUGUGUUGGAGCAGGGAAACAUCCAAAACAUGCAGGACAGUGGGCCUCAAGGACUUGACUUGAGAACCACUGCUAUAAGCUAUUGACAGUCUGCAUUCAGAUUUCUCUCUGUUUAUCUUGGGGGUGGGCAAUCAUGUGACAUGGAGGGCCAAGAGGCUGCAGGUUUUCUUUCCAACCCAAAACUCCACCAGGUGAUUUCACUGAUUACCUUACCUCCAAGCAGAGAGCAGGGACUAAUCAGUGAAAUCACCUGGUGGAGUUUUGGGUUGGGAAGAAAACCUGCAGUCUCUCGGCCCUCCAUGGCACAUGAUUGCCCACCCCUCUGAUCUGAGCUUAAUACUGUCUGUGAAUUAGUCUGUGUAUUUUCACUGAGACUACCCCACUAAAAAGGGGUUUCCAAACACGCACACACUCACAAAUAUGAGCCUGAAUGAGCUCACAGCAGGGGGGGUUGAGCCCACGGAGGUGCUGAAAUACACCCAUAUCUGUAGUGAUGUAUUAUUGUACAGCGCUGUGUGUGCACACAUCCAUCAAGGUAUCCACUGGUUUCAUAUAACGGUGCUGUCUCAGUGCUUUAAGUAAUGUUUCUCAAAUGCAAGCUUCAGAGGAGCAUCGCUUUCUCUGCUGCAGUGUAACCUGCCUGCACAUGUCCGUAUUGAUCGGGGGGUUUUUAUCUGUCAUGUGACGCUGCUUCAUUUCAGGCAUAUACAUUCUUUAGUUGAUGUUACCUUUCACUGAUUUUAAAAUACAAGAGGAAGGAUCAGAUUAAAAAAUAAAAUGUGUUACAUAAUGUAACUGUUUCAAGCAGAAUAUGUUUUUCCUACUCCUGAACUAGUUCAUGUUAUAUUCAGUGACCUGUGUGUUUUUGUUCUUCUCUAAAGGUUGCUGACGGUUUUUGUUUUUUAGGGUGAAUCCAGGAGGAAACUAACAAUUCAUGUUGUAAUACUGCAGUCAAUACCCAUAUCAGAUUAAGAAGAUGUCUAAGCCCAGAGACCCCCUGACAGCACUGUCUGUGGUUUACAGCAUCAUAAAUGCAUUAUGGAUCAGUGGGCUCCUGGCUUUAGAUUGAUUAUAUUUCUACUACAGUACAGUAUGUUUCUGUAGGUCUAGAGGUCACAUAAUGUUCUCAAUGCAGAGUAUUUUCUUGAGCCGUUGUGUGAACUAUUGGUAAUUCUACAAACCUCAGACCAAAAGGUCAAAGCUUCUGUAAGUGCAUCCAUCAGCAGCCAGCCAUCUGCUGAGAAAAAAAACAAACACUUGAGCUAGAAAAUACAAUAAACCACCAACCUGACCUACAGGUCGCUCAGGAGUCUGAUGUCAAGCUACAUAAGUCAAUUCCUCUGUUGACCUCAUAUAUUUGAGCAUGCCAGGGUAAAACCUUUCCAUGAAUAUUAAAUUCAGACCUUUUUAGUUUCCAGAUCUCAGCAAAGCAGGAUAAUUAUUGACACCGUCACAAACAGGGAGGCCUCAUUUGGCUGUAUAAUGUUGAAAAGCAUGUUCAGGCUCAGUGGUUUGCUUUUGUUUUGCAGCAGGCUAAAUUGACUGAAAAUCCUUGAGGAAAUGUUCUUAAAAAAUACCUCCUAUCUGGAAUAAAUGAAACCAAUUUCCGUAGGUAGUAUCCUGUGGUUCAAGUGACCAAAUGAGAAUUAAUAACACUGGAGCAGCGAGGUUUUUCUAUAUCCACGUUUCCUGAAGUCACCCCAGGUCCAAACUCAUUUUGUGUUAUUGACUGAGACUGCUGCAGACACCAUUCAAUAGGACUGUGUGAUGUGAGGAAUAAAGCAGCUUCAACAAGGACCUCCUCGCUCGCUCGCUUGCUCACUCACACCUGCUGCUUUGUACUCCUGCUUUCUUCUUCCCUGUCCAUUGUACUGAGUUGUAUUGUCGUCUGUUUUUGAUCACUGUGCUGCUCAGAUCUAACCGUAAAGGCAUAAAGCAUCUUUAUACCGGCUGCAUUUUACAUUUGUAUAAAGCAUGAGGAGCUGCACAUCUAAACCCUGUCAGAGUGACUGGCAAAGUGUGCAACCUGCCUUAUACAGUGAAGCCAUGAUACCACACAUUAUACCACCUUAACAUUUGCCCCAUUGAACAUUUGUUUCAGAACAAAGAAUAAGGAGCCAGAGUUUGUCAACCCAGCAGUCAGCUCCACAGUUAUCUUUGACAUACUCUUCUUUCAGCCAGUUUAUUCAAGUAGAAAGAUGAAACUGCCAGAUACUUUCAUUAAAGAAUGUGAUCAACAUAUUCACCUGUCCUGCUAUAAGUUCAUCUGCUGCAUCAAAACUCUGUCUGGUGUCUCCUUUGUCCAAGCUAACAUUCCUGUGAAUGUUUUUACAGCAUAGAAAUAAAUAACAUAUUUUUACUUUUAAAAAAACAUUAAAAACUCACAGAGAUGUUUUUUGCUUUGUUUAAUUUUUUGGAGCAGAUUUUAACACGGCUCAGUGCUGAGGUAGCUGACUCCAAGUCCUUAAUAACCUGGGGUCAGAAUCUCAACGGAUAAGAUGGUUGAGGUUGAAAAGUAUAAUCCAUGACUACUGCACUGUAAAAUAAAUGUACCUUUUAAACCUAUUUACUCAUACAGGGUUCACACAGAGGCAAAGGGCUGGAUUAGCAGACACAGGGAUGGUGGACAGUCAGUUAUCUUGGAUAUCGUUCAUGUCAGAUGUUUAUUUAGGUCUAAAAGGAUUUGCAGUGUUGUUAAAAAUGAUAAGUUCAGAGGAAAGGACCAUUAUUUCAGCGAUAGAAAAGCAGCCAAACCAUUGCAUAAGAACCACAGAUUGAACUUGUGAAUCCACUGUCAUCAUUCAACUUCAAAUCACAUCAAAGACUUCAAUUUGUAAUGCUUAUUAUAUUUAUAUCAAUCUUUAUUUAGAAGAUUAACACACACUUAUUUCUGCAAGCGUCAGAUCCGCUGCCAUACAAUCCCCAAUAACCUUUAUUAACACUUAAGUCCACACUGAAUUACCAAGCAAACGCUGCUUCAUUUGAACAACAGUGUUUUUUUUUUUUCCUAAUGGCGGUAAUUUUCACAUCUGUGCGGUGCCUUUUCAAAUGUGUCAAAAAGUCAGACGUAACGUACCCAACUGCUUAUGAAAAGCAUUGACUAACUUCUAUUAUCUUAUCCAUCUGCCAUUGUUCUAUUUCAUGGGGAAAAAAAUAGCAUUCACACACAGGAGACCUUAAUGUCAGUGGGGGACCUUCUUACUUGUCAUGUGUUGUGCUGGCUGAAAAGCAUGUUUGUGUUCAGUCCACUUCAGUCCUCAGGCAGUCUGGUAAUUCAGAUUUCAUGUAUGAAUUCAGUUCAGGACCUCUGCACCCCUUACCACAAAUCUUGUGUUUUGCAUCAUUUGAUACGAAUACAUGUACCCUCACACCUCUACUCCUCUCUACUGCAGUUCUUUUUUCAUACGAGGGUCUCAGCUUUUCUUGAGCUUUUUAAGCGUUCUGUUGAGCCUAAAAAGUGUCCACUUCAUUUUUACUAUUUCUUUGCAACAUUUGUAGGUCAGUGCACUCUCCUUACUCUUUUCUCAAGAUUCAUUAAACACAUUUGUCUCUAAGUGGGUGACGUUUUUAUGUUCAGACACAAACUCAGAGACAGAGUUGUCAGGGAUUUGAUCAAUUUUCAUCCACAUGCUUUCUACAAGUGUCACAUUGCUGUUAUUUACCACUUUUAUCACACUUUACCACAAGACUGGAAACCCUUUUUUAAAAUGAACUUCCUGUCUUUUUUAUUAUUGCCACAGUCUCCUAUCAGGACUUGGUUACCUGUAUGUUUAAUACUGCUCCUGUGUUGCUUCUUGUUUGGCUCCAAAAGUCCGUCAGUCCAAUACAUUAUGGUAAAUAAUUCCCUCUCUUUACUUUGUGUUGUAGACACCAUGGUCGACUGGCACAGAGUGUGUAGCCAAGUACAACUUCCAGACUGCCAACGAACAGGACCUGCCUUUCUGUAAAGGAGAUGUACUCACCAUAAUCGGAGUCACCAGGGUAAGUGAGCAGGCCGUCAAAGAGAUACAGAACCUGUUUUAAUAUCGUAACAAAGAAUUAUUAUUAGAUCUGACCGGCUUUGAUUUUACUUCAAAAGGAGGCUGCACAGUUUAGUUGAUGUAACAUGAAGUCAUAGAAGCUGGAGUUCCUCAAAAGCAAUAUUGAAACAAGAAUUCACAUUAACAAAAAGGGACAGUGUAGGUCUGACAGUCUGAGCAAUACCCUCCCUCAUUCGAUGAAUUUAAACCCUGACUUCCUCUUAGCUGGAUUCAAACCCACCAUAAACUUCUGAACUAUCACGGUGGAUGAUGUGAGUGAAUGCAAACAGCUGUUGUGUUCACCCUGAUUUUUUUUUAUUUUUUUUUUUUAUUAAACCUUUAUUUAACCAGGUAAGAAAAAAAUUAAUUAAAAUUGAAUUGAUGGGAUUAUUAAAACUUCUGAGGUUGAGAAAAGACAACAAUUCUCCUUUUUUCUACAUGAAUUUUUAAGCUCUGGCUUUUGUUUUAGUUAAAAAAGCUAAAGGGAGACAGGAGCGUGGAACAAAUCCUAUGAACACUGCAACAUGGAUGAGACUGGACAGAUAACAUACAUCAGAAUUUACUGUACAUGAUGAAGCAGAAAUGGCUUUUCUGUCACGCCCACAAUAGAAGUCAAGGUGUCCAAACCUGCUGUUACACACAGCUCCGUGUGUUCAGUGUAGACCACCUUAAUUAUUUGGUAAAAUGUUGUUUUUUAUGUUUGUCUGUCAUAGGAUCCCAACUGGUACAGAGCGAGGAACACAGUGGGCAGAGAGGGGACCAUCCCAGCAAACUAUGUCCAGAAAAGGGAAGGAGUCAAAUCAGGAGGGAAACUCAGUCUUAUGCCGUAAGUACCAGAGAGCAAACAGGAGGAAGCAGCAGGACUGUGUGCUCCUGUGAGUGGAUGGGCUUUCACUGUCGGUGAUGUUUGGUUUUUAUUUUAAAUGUAUUUAGAAUCCAGAUGAAUCUGUUUUGACAGAAAUUAUGAUAAACUGAACCAUAAAGCAGCAUUCAUACCAACAGUUAAUUUCCUGAUUGUCAGCUGUCAAACAUGAGUAUCCAUCAAAUCCUCAUCUUACAAAGAACAUUGUAGAAAAACCAUGAUGCACAUUGCAGCAAAGAUCAAAGUCUCAUUUAUUUUUAUUCCUGUGUAUUUCAUAUCUUUUUCACCCGCGCUCUCCCUCCAUCUCGGAUGAUAUGAACAAGUUGUUGAAUCCUCCUUCAGUUUUGUCCCCCGCUGUUAAGGGAAAUGCGGUGUUGAUUUCAAAAGUCAGGCAGAAUAUUAAAAGAUGGAAAUUUCUUCUCUUGCAGGCUUUUUGUUGUUUGCACUGUUUCCUCUUGUCUGUGUCAGACUGCCACAGAGGCCAGGACAGCUGUGCACUACAUUUGAAUGAAGCUCUUUGAAACUGCAGCGAUCUGGAAAAAAAAAAAAAAGAGGAAAACAUAACGAGAGGCAUAUGCAAAUGAAAGGAGACAGGAAAGCCGAGAGCACACAGGCUGCUGCAAGAUCUCUGCAUAGUUAUGAGAUGUUGUCAUCUGACAGCAGCCAGGGUUUUGUGCGCAUCCCUCCAGUGAUGAUAAAUGAAAUCUGAACAUUACAAAGGAGUUGGAAUCUAACAUUUCAAAGUGAUAUAUGGAAAUAAGAAGGGAUAAGAAGAGGAUUCUUUGUUAUUCAGGGAACGCUUUCAUAGCACCAAAUUAACCAUGCAGCGUCCAUGAAGUCUGACCACAACAUUUGCCUUCAUGUGUCAUUCUUACGUUGCUUUUUUUUUUAUUUGACAAAUGUAGUCAUAAAGUUUGCAGAGGGAAAGUUUCUGUGUAGGCUGGCCCUCCUGUUUUUGGAAAGACAUGUUUGUUUUGAGAAUAUUAUGGGUUGCUAAAGUGACCCGCGUUACAUAAUAAUCCCAACAGAAAGCUGUUACACCCAAAAGUGAGAGUGCUUUUUAAGGACAGGCAGAUCUGUCCAAGGAUCACACUUUUAAGCUUGUCAUUAGCUCCAGUUGAGCAGUGCUCACAGGGAUGAUGGUAUGCUAAGUGUCACUUCUUGUUGGCAGGAAACAUUUGAAUAGACUUCUGACCCUCUUUGUCUCCCUUCAUCAACUGCUGCUGAAAGCUUUGACCUCUCCAUUUGCCACCAAUCACACUGCCUGUCCUCACCACUAUGAAUGUGGUCACAGGGUCAUCCAGCUUCAUGCAUGUGUGCGAGACUGUCUGCAGAGUCCCAUAACUAACUUUGACUAUCAUAUAGCAACAAAUUUGAUGAGGUCACACAACUGGUCACUGUAAGUAAUGAUACAUAGUGAGCAGGUGGUUAAACUAGACGGGACCCUGACAAGGUGGGUGAGGUUUGUCGCACCCUUUAGAAGGAGUGAUCCAAUACAGCUUACUGUAAAACAUCAUGUUUUUUACCCAGCUUUCAACCAAAGAAAUCGACAAAGUGACACAGAAUAUAGAUAAAAAUGUGUUCCUAAUAAAUGUUCAGGAUAAAAUAUUCUUUCCAAUCCCACAGUCAGCUGUUGUUUGUAUGAUCAACAUUAAAAACUGCUCCUUGUACGGUGAUCCAGAAGCAGAGUUUGUAAUAACACAGUCCACUGAAGAUACAGAUGAUUCAUAAAGGAGAUAUAACACAGAUUUGUCUGUCAUGCUCAAUCUUUGUCUCCAAAAAGGGCAAACAAUCGUCCCUUUAGCUAGAAGCCCACUUAAAAAAAUUAAUGAAACACCAUCAGGAGGAGAGACCCUGGAGUUUAUGCCUUUACUCACCCCUGGUACAUGAUUAAUUUGGUAAUUCUACACUGUAUUGCAGGGAAAUAUACGUUUGUUAUUUCUCACGCCAUUGCAACCUGAAGGUGUAGUUUUUUAAUUUAUUAUAUUGGGUGUGAAAAAAAAACACAGCAGGCCCAUAUAAUGUCUGUUUUUAUUUAUGAAGGAAGACUUCAAAGUAGCAGAAGGUAUCAGCGAAAUUUUGAUCAUCUCUGUUGUUGUCUUCAAUGAUUUUAUUCUUUUGGUUUUAUACUCAAAGCCAAAUGAAAAAAAGCAUUAUAUAUUAAAUGCCUUUCUAUUAUCAAUUUUAUUAUAAUACAUGAUCAGUGAAAAUUUUAAACCACUUAUAGACAACUGUUAUAAGAGGAAAUAAGCAGACAUAACUUUGAUCUGUCUGCGUUUAAUGCGUUGUUUCCCACUGCAUAAACAGCAUGAUCUGUCCUGUAUUUUAGUGCACCCCCUGCUAUAAUGCUUGUUCAGUGCCUCCACAUGUUGUGAAUGACAGAAGGUGAGCAAAACAAGUAGUUGUAUUUAAAUGCAGCAUGGUUUUAAGACAUAAUGUGUAUCCGUAUGUUAAUGACAGUCUUUAUCUUCGUUCUUUUUUCACCGUAAUCAGAGACCCCAGCCUGCUGUGCAUUGAUUUUUAUUUAAAUAAACUGUGCUGCACAAUCAAACAAGUCCAAGAACAACCUCUCUGCUCUGCUGCUUAUUCAACUUGUGUGAUAGAACAUGCAGCCUUAACAUUUUUUCAUCAUCAGAAGUCUGAUGAAGGUGUAUAAGACUGUUAUUGAUUUGCAUUUGCAGUUGGGUAAAGUAAGAUCUGAUCACUGCAGAGCUGUGGUUAAAGCAAGGAGUAAACACUUGUUCUUAAAUCUGGUUAUGGUCAUUUUAAAAAACAUACUGAUGCAAUAGACGAGCAGCCUUUCCUUUUUUCUAAUACUUGAAUAUCUCCUUCAGUAAAACAAAUUCAUGUCACUUUGUAUUUUCCCUUCAAUUACAGUUUACUAGGAGAUCUUUUUAGAGGGAAGCAAGAAUCUUAAAAAUUGUAUCACUGGCUUCCCUAUAAAAGAAAUCAAAUCUGAAACUAAUCACUCAGACUGUACUUCUUGUGUAACAUUAUCCUAAGUGUCGACUUUAUACAUGAUCUGCAAUUGUAGGAGGGUAUUGAUUUUGUGCAGUUACUGGUGGUCACUAACAGAUGCUAACACCCCUGAAUGUAAGGUCAUUCAGAUAAAUACGCUGAUGAUGAUCAGCAAAUAAAGCUCACUUGUGGGUCAAGUGUGGCAAAGAAACAUAAAGCUUUGAAAAAGUGUUGGACUGGAAACAGCAAUAAUAAUGUUGUAAAAUCAGAAUAAGCCAAAUGCUGUUGUUUAGGUUACAUUAGUCUAAGAUAUAAGUGAUUAAAGUGAAAGUAUGUGAUUGUCUGUUUUCUUUUAUGUAACCUUAAAAGGAAUGAAAAGACUCCUAAAUAUUUUGCAUGCUUGCACUUGCUGACCUCAUGUCCUUACUGCUCCAUUUGAGAUCACUGCAUAGUUAAAAGUUUUUUGAAACACUCGUGUCAUCAAAGUAGUUCCCCUGGAGCCAUUAGCAGUCCCCCCUCAGGGACUUGUUGAUUUUGUUGUGAAUCACUAACAGAUGGCUCAGAGAAGACCUCUCCCGUCCUCUGCAUUACAUAAAGGUUCAGCUGUGGUCUUCUGUCUCCACGCUCACCCUGACCGACUGAAACUCAGCAGCACAUGCAGCCCUCACCUCCCUCAUUGAGAUCCUGCUUGCUCUCUCUGGUGCCCCCAUGUGGCAGAUAUCUGCAGCACAUCUUCAGCGCCACCCUAAAAGAAGCUGGGGCACUCAAACAUGCUGCCCUACUUCCUGCCUCCCUGUUGUCCCCAGCAAGUUGUUUACAGCAUUUUUCUGUCUUUUUAUAUCACUAUGAUGUAAUGCAUGAAAAUUGAAGUUAAUUGCCAUAUGCAGAAUGGCCAGUGUGUGCUCAGUAAAGAGCCUAUGUGUGUUUGUGGGUCUUCAAUGCUUGGCGUCCAUUCCCGGAUUAGUGGGAGUUAGGGAGCUGCUGUCCAUCGGAGAAGCUGCCUGCACUGAUCUAAUCAACUCGACCCAUAUUAAGCUGCCUGCCAGAAGGACCUCUGCUGUCUCAGAAGGCUGAGUAAGAGGAGGAGGAAGGGGAGGAGGAAGGAGUGGCUGAGGCAGCCUAAGAAAAUGGACUAAAUCAAUUAUAGCUGUUGAUUACUAAACCAUUCACCAUCCAAGACAGAUAGAGACCCUGCAGGCUGCUAAAGUUAGCAGCUAACACGAGCUUUCACACAGAGAGUGACAUGAAUCAAUGUGAUACUGUGUUUGGAUGCUAGUGUGUUUAGACUUAAGAAAAUGUGUUCACCGCCUUAGGAGACCUGUGUUCCUAAUGAACUGACUAUUAGUGAUGGUCCUAUUAUGUUACAUCGAGAAAUCACAGAUACAUUACACUUCACAUUUUUUACAGCGUAGUUCCUCAAACUAGAAACACAAUAGUGAGAAAUAUCUGUUUGUUGGUAUUACAGCAGUCAGCAUUAAAAUGCCAAGUGCACUGCAGUUAAGGUCUGUAAUUAGUCAGUUCAUUCUUUCAGUCCGUGCUGCUGUGUUAUUUCAGAUUCACACUGUGGUCAGGGUUUAUUAAGCUGAGAAGUGGCCUAAUACCCAUGAUGCCCCAAGCACUCAUCAGCAUCAGCAAAGGUUUUCAUGAGAGGCGCUGUUUUCCAACAACAGCACUUUAGUUUUUGUUUUUCAUUUUCACUGCAUUAUGCCGGUGCUAUGCCACUCUGGCUGGUGGAGUCCAGUGUACUAGAAAAUAUUCCGCCAAAACUGCCCUUUAGGAAGAAAAGGUGAAAGUUUGUUUAAGUUUGUUUUGUACGCUGCAGGUAUAUUGCAAUUUCUUGUGUAUACCCGAACCAUGGCUUGUAAAUACUCCAUUGAGGUUUCUGAAAAGCCCUUGUGUUUGCAAGUGCAUCACCAACUUUAGCCAUUGUCAGAACCAAACUAGUAACAAUGAUGUGGCAAUAAAGGGACGUUUGAUUGGGUGACGUGUGGAUCAUGAUUCUAAAUGCAGAGGGUUAAGACAGCCUAAAACCCAAAUAAGUCAAUUCACAGAUAUUUAUGAUUUACUUAGGGCUGUCCCAAUACGAUAUUGAUAUCAGAUAUCAGUCCAAUGUCAGCCAAAAAACAAGUAUCAGAUUAUAUCGGCCUCUAUCUAAAAUCAACGAUAUCAGCACUCCGAUAAAAGCAGUCCAUUCCAGACUCCACUCCAACACUUCUAUCUAGCAGCACCCAGAUCCAGCAUGCAGGAUUCAACAACAGUGUGUACUAAGGUACAAACAAAGUAGCAAGGAGUAGGAGUGAUGUCGGCUGUGUAGCAUUUUUCGUUAAAGUCUGAAAAAGAUAUUGCAGCUGAGUGCAAAACUUGUCAUGCACAAGUUUGUGCCAAAAUCAGAUCAAUAUCGGUAUCAGCCGAUACUGAAGGCUACAGUAUCGGUAUCAUAUCGAAAGUUUAAAAAGUUGUAAUGGGACACCCCUAGAUUUAGUCAGUCCAGAAGUAACAGUUUAGAGGAGGGAAAAUAACAUGAGAAUUAAAUCCUUCAACUCAGGGGUCGUGCUGCUUUGAAGGAAAGAGAGGAUUGCUUUCUUCAGGGUGAAAGUGAGGAAGCUCUCAAAGCCUUGACUCUGGGUGUAAUGGAUUGUGAGAUCGUCUGACAGAUUGGGUCAGAAUCAGCAGCAAUGCAGGCGUUAUCAUGGUGGCAAAGAGGGAUUUGCAAGUUGCUGAUACAAGUGGCUGAAAUGAGUUACCUCCUUGGUCUGCUAGAGCUCAGCCUUUGAGACAGGAUAAGGAGUUUAGACAUUGAGACUGGUCUCAUACAGAGCCAAUGCCGAUCAGAUCAAUCAGAGCCAGUGAAGGUGGUUUGGGUGUCUGAUCUGGAUGCUUUCCUUGUGACUACACCAGUGGGAUUCUGUAUCUCAUGUCGCCCGGGAACAUCCCAGGAUCUCCUAAGAGAAGCAGGAGAAGUGCGCUGGGAUAAGGCAUAAAUACAGAGUAGAGGAGUUUUGUAGCAGAAGAAAGCAGAAGAAAAAGGAUUGAUGCCAAAGACAGCUGGACGCAGAUGUUCAGAAACAUAGAUAAGUGUUAUGAUGUAAGAUCCAUGCUGAAAAGCAGGGCAAGACUGAAAUCUAGGAUACUAAUGUGCAUGCAAACGUACUGGGAGUCAUGCAGCGGUGUAAUCCAUCCAUUAGUUGCCUAUAGAUGGAUCCAGCAGGCCAUAUGGUGAAGGUCAAGCAGGGUCAUAUAUUGAGCUUUUAAAUAAAGAGACGAGAGCUUUAUUUUUUUCUCUGAGCAUGAACAGAUUUUCAGCUUAGCCUCAGCCUGAGUUAGUAAAGUUUCCCUGCUGUGCUGCUGGGAGACUUGGUUCUGUCCAGCCCACCACCUUGUCUGAGCAGUUUUUGCACUUUCCUGUUAUUGCAGUGGCUGCGUGUCAGUUUCCCUCUCUGCCUCGGGCUUCUCUUCACUUGUGUGUGGGCAUGCAUGUGUGUUUGUGAGCUCCACGCUUCCUGUUGUUUGGGUUCAGGUACUUUCUCACCAGCCCCGCCUUUGCACCGCUUUAGCUGCACACAGACUGGAAGUUCUGCUGCCAGCUUCCCAUCACUUGUGCUUUUUUCACUUCUUGUUUUAAUAAAGGGCUUUGGGCUGUGAUGUGUGGAAGUGGAUCCUUCUGUCUGCUGCAAAUGAGCUGCAAAAUGAAUGUCAGGAAGAUAAAAACCUGUGUGAAGUGUUUUAACUGAACUGUUGAAAGAUCUUUCCAUGCUGGUGGAGUUUUUCUGCGCAGCAGAUGAUAGAUUUUGGAAAGACGUGGCAUCUAUGGUGUGUGUAUACAGAUUUGGUGUGUGAUGUCUGCUGUCAUGCAGCUCCAAACAUUUUCAUCUCUGUUUCCUUUUUUCUUCACUUUCUUUUUCCCAUUUUAGCUCAAUCUAAUCCAGCUUUAUGUGUCUAGCACUUUUCAUGCAUACAAGCAUUCAGUGCAGAGUGCUUCACAUAGAACAAAUGGAAAAUCACUGCAGUGGAUAAGAAACAAAAUGCAGUAUUAAACUUAGGGCCUGCGAUAAAUUGGAAAUUUACCGACACCAAAAUUUAAGUCAAUAACCAACGUCAUUUUACCCAUCUCAGUAUAUUCAGUGUCAAAUAAAUAGAUACAUGAAAGUUGGUUUUGGAUGUGUGUAGGUAGGCUAAGGUCUCAUGUCCCUUUAAGACACUGUCCUAUGUCAAAAACGUAACUCCGCCCCAUCCAGUUCGUAACAAAGAGGGAGAGACAGGUGAGGGCGGUUCAAAAGCUGUAGUGGCUGGAGAGGCGGCUGAAGUAGAAAAGUUAAUGUGGGAGGGGGUGAGCAGCUUGUGGAGUAGUUAUCGUCCAUUUAUCAUUAUCGAGGUGAACUGUUCAAUAUGUCGUGAUAUUGAUUUGAGGCUAUAUCGCCCAGCCCUAAUAAAACUGAUGAUUUUCCCUUCUUGAUGUUUGAUCCCCUGUUUCCUCUCUCCCUUUUCUUCAAGAUGGUUUCAUGGGAAGAUAACCCGGGAGCAGGCCGAGCGCCUCCUCUACCCUCCAGAGACGGGUUUGUUCUUGGUGAGAGAGAGCACCAACUACCCCGGCGAUUACACCCUGUGCGUCAGCUGUGACGGCAAAGUAGAGCACUACCGCAUCAUCUACCACAACGGCAAGCUCACCAUCGACGAGGAGGAGUACUUCGAGAACCUCAUGCAGCUGGUCGAGGUGAGGAAGAGCAGGAAAUGUAGCUGCCAUUCAAGCCUCAGAUUUUUCUUAAACACCACGUCUCUGAAUCCCCACAUUUCUCUCGGCUUUCAGUCUGGCAGAUGAAAAGGAUAUGUUACCACGUAUUAACAGUGUCAGCUGGUUGGCAUGUCUUUAAUUUUGCAGUCAAAAGAACUGAAGUGUUUCAGCUGAACUAGAGAGUAACUCACAGGGUUGGUUCUAAGAAAAUGUUAUCUUUGAUUGCUGACACCCAGACUGUAAAUGUCUUUAGUCCUUCAAGUUGCUCCUGAAAAUACUCCAUCUCGCCUUUCAGGCUUUCAGUCAGGGUAACUUUUUCAGUCAGACCACAAAGCAUUCAGCUAAAAGAGCUGAAAGAGUUGAUAUAAAUUCAAGUGUUGAUCAUCAGAAAGACUUUCAUCCAAAACUUUCAUACUUUAUCAGUUGUUCAACUCAGUUUUCUGCGAGAAGCUCAAUUGAUAUAUUUGAAUAUUUUGCCUUUUCCUGAGAGAUGCAACCAUCAACACUCGAUGAACGACUCCCCCCUCCCACUCCUCAUUGUAACAGUAGCACACUCUGUACUCAGCAGCACUCUCAUCACAUCCCCUUCUACUCUUAUUGUUCCUGUGUUAUGUGCAUUCAUUUAGUUGUACUGGUUGUAUUUUGGUAAUGUAACCACGUUGGUCUUAAAACAUUUUGACAUGCCCUACAUUUUUUUUUUUUUCCCCCGAAACAUGUGGAUGCAACACAUGCAGAAGGUAGACUGAAAACAAACAAACAAACAAAACCAAUGAGAUUAUUCAAAACAACAAUAACAAUAAUCAAAGCUAAAAUAAUUAUAAUGUGAACCCAACAUGUCCGAAAAGGAGUCGGAUGAAGCAUUAUGCUUAUUUAAACCUACCCCUUCUCCGCUACUCAAUUAACAGUCGGUCUCUCCAACAUAUAUUUCAUUAUAUUUACAAAAUAAAACAAAAGUUAUGAAAACACCUGAUGGUUAAAGCCCUUCUUCAAUCCUAACUUCAAACAUUCAAGCUGGUCAUGUUUUUGUAGGCAGUUUGUUGUGAAAUUCAAAGGAAAAUAAAUGCACAAAGAGAAAAGGAAAGUAGCUUUUUUCCUUCAAUAGAUUAAAUCAUCAUUUAAAAACUUUUUUUAUGUUUACUCAGGUUAUCUUUUCUGAUAUUCAGAUUAGUUUGAGGAUCUGAAACAUGGAAGUGUGAUUAAAAAAGCAUAAAUAGAAUAAAUUUAGGGGGGAAAUACUUCUUCACAGCACAGUUUAUUACCUUGAGUUUUGCACAUCUUCGGAUCAGUGCGUAUCUACACUGAGAAAUCUAGACCAAAAUGGAGCAGUUAGAAUAUGUGCACCUUUGUACCCCAUCUUACCAAAAGGCUUUCAGCUUUGGAGGCUUUGUUGGACAACAAAUAAGAUCUGAAGAUGUUGUGUUGGACAGAAACUAUUUAGCAUUUACUAACGGUACAGGACAAAACAAGUAGUACAAGUAUAUGUGGGAUCAUAACAAUCCAGUUGCAUUGUUUCUCUCUCUCUCUCUGAGAUCCAGUUUAUGCUGUCAAACGUGUCUCUUAGAUCCCUUAACUAAGCUGUGCAGACACAUAAUCCAUUCUAACUUUUCCUCAUCAGAAACAGCAUUUCCUCAAUUUUUCGACAAAACUGAAGGCUUUUGUUUUUAGUCACAAAUAGAAUUGUGAACAAUCACAUAAAUCACUGUAGACUUCAUUGAACAUUUGGUUUAUAAAUCUUGAACAGAAAAUGUAAAUGUGAGUUAGUGUUUCUUUUGAGUUAUUAAUGUGAUGUCAUUUAGCCUUCAAAUUGCUGUGAAAUAUUUAUAGCAGUAUUUAGAAUUAAUGAGAUAAAAUCCAGUUACAUAGUGAUCAGUGGUGCAGCAGUAUGAUUACAUAACUCGGUAAACACAAGACCCGCUCACUCAUUCAGCGUCCCCACGGAGGUUCCCUAAAAAUCAGACUCUUGUACAUGUUCCCAUUCUUCAAAAAGCUGUCUGAUCCUCUCGCUCGCUGCCUGAUAUCUGAAAGCUGGUUCAGAGGGAGGACAGAGUGAAGAGAGGGGAAGACAGGAGACGUGAUGGCAGAGAGACAGAGGGGGAGAGAGAGAGAGAGAGAGACCUUUCAUCCUCUCAGAUAAAGAGACAAGCUGGAUUGGCGGCUAUCGCACUCCUAAUUGGACCUCAUCUUUUUGCCUCGCGGGGCGCUGGAAGUGGACGACAGGAAUGUGCCAGCUGGCAACGAAACCAACUACAUCCCUGGUGCAUUCCUGUUAUCAGCCACCCACAAUCUCUCUCUCUCUCUCUCUGUCUGUCUGUCUCUCUCUUUUUCUGUCUCUCCCUCAUUUACACCCUCCAGGCUUGGUUCUGCCUCCAUUUCCUCCCUCUCCUCCCUCCAUCCCUCUUUGUGCUGCCUCAUAUAUACCUGGCAUGUUGCUUUUUUUUUUUCACUCUUCUCUCUUUGUUACCCAUCUCAACCGCUUACUUGCCCUCCAUUUUCCUUCCUUUUAAUCUCUCUAUCUCAUCAUCCUCUCCUCUGUAUGAAUUCCCCAGUGUCUUCUCGCCCCUUCUAUAAUAGCUUGUGACAAGAUUCCUCACAUUCUUGAGUGUUUUUCCGGCAUGCCCUCAGCUCCCCUGCUCUCGCUGGCCUGUCACAGCAGGCUCACAUCGACCUACAUACCCACACACGUACAUACCUUAUACAUACUGUAUGCAUAAGUACAUUGUGACAGGACUGAAUGUCUAUUCUGUCAAUCACAGGGAUGUUAUGCGUGUGGUGGUGAGGUGAAGCAAAGAUGGCUCCAUGUGGUUUUUUCCACAUGGGUGUAACAGCUCAGUGAAUGUAUAUUCCUCUGCAGUGCUCAUUAAGUACUCUCACCCUCUACUGGGUUAAUUACAUAUAGUAGAGAUCUGCAUUUAUACACUACCAUUGUGGACUAAAUGAACACUUUUACAUAAAAAGACUCAUUUAAAAUAAUUGUUAAGUUAUGAAACAGGCUGAUCUGAUUACGGAUCAUUUAUAUUGUGCUGUAUGAUUCCAAAGAAACAUUUUCCUCCAUACAGGAACUACUGCUCAUGAUAAUAGACAGCCACACUAUUCACAGGACAUCAAUCCUGUGUAUAUAGAUGAAUUUAUUCCAGGGAGGUGCUGUUGUUGUUUGGCCUUUGUGACAGUCUUUGCUGAAUAAUUCAUUAGAGCUGACCCCCGCUUCCCUGUGCUGCCCCCUGGUGGUGGUGAGUCAGCCUUGCACUUAAGUUCACCAUGCUGCAGUUGUAUAACCCAACACAGGCUUUGUUCUCGGUUGAGGAGCUUCUUUUUCAUCGAUGCUACAUAAGACACUGUUAUUCUUUGUCUCACACACUUGCACCGUUACGGGAUAGAUUUUUUUUCUAUCAUUGUAGUAAAAUAAAUGUAAUGAGCAUUAAUACUAACAUCAACAAUACUGCUGCCAAAACUGAUGUAAUCCUAGAGAGCAAUGUGUGUCAGCCAGUAAAACCAUCUAACGGACAAUGAAGCUGCAUUAAGAAAUAAAAAAAACACAUCACUGCUCACUCACUCAUACACUCUGCUGCUGCUGCUGUCAGUGUGAGCUCCAUCAGCAGCACCAUGCUGAUGAGCGGGUAUUGACAGGUUUGUUUGGUUUUGGUUAGCUGUGAUUCAGGGGGGGUGAGGAUCAAAUGCACAGACCUUUCUCACACCCACACAUUGCUCAUCUGCUGCUGGUUCCCACAGUAAACGCUUCAACAUCCACACCUCCCAGCACAGAAGCCACUACCGAUCCUCUUUCAAACACCGUACAUAUGUUGUCAAUCAGCAGCAGAGUGAUCAUUUCAAACAGCUCAUCACUGCCUCCUUGAGAAAUUGCAGUUGUUUUUUCAGAGUUCCUCUAUUUUUAUAUUCAGGGUUUUGUUGUGAAAACUUGCCGUAACAAAUGGAAAUUAGGCAGGGAUCCUGUUUACCCCCCAGACUUGCUUCUCCCUUUGGUGAAGGCAGAUCCAGCUGAUAACCUGUUCGUAGUAAAAAGAUGGAGCCCCCUCACAUCUUCUCUCCAGCAGAGUUUGAGUUUUCCUUUCAUCACUUCCUUCAUGUUCAGCCUGUAUUUAUUUUACAUAUCAAAGCCUGUGUACAGACUCCACUUUCAGAUAAAAUCUGUGUACAUCAGUGUGUGAUCACUCAUGUAGGUCAGAAGUUGUAUUUACACUGAUGGUACCAGAGCUUCUUUUUUCCCCAGGAGUCACAUUUUCAAAGAACAUAGAUAUCCCUGCAGCCUCUUUUGUUUCCACUGAUGUCUGAAUACCUGGGAGGAUAAAGCAAAUUUAUUUGCAAACAUUUGAUGAAUUCAGGCCUGAUUUGCAUACGUUUAGGCAGAUGAAACUGAUGUCUUUUAUUUCAAGCAGAGGAAGUACCCUGACUGUGUGACUCUGUUACUUUAGUUAUUAACACAUCACCUGCAGUUUAGCAUGAGGAGCUGAGUUUAUUUAACUGGUGUGAAAUAUUGAAAUCGGCAGUAUUUUUUAAUUUUUAAUGUUUUAUAGAAAUCCUAGUUGAAUGGCAAGGUUGAGGUGGAGCUUUUAUUCCAUUUAAUGCUUGAUCUUUUGAACAGGUUGCUCUCACGCCUCUAAUUCCUUGGUUAUUUAGAUACUAAUUAAAAUAUUAUUUUCUAUUUUCAUCUAUUAAUCUGUUUUCUUGAUCAAAAUAAAGCCAAACUGUGUUGUAUGUAAAUGGCCAUCUGCCACCUGGGCUUGUUUGCAUCCUGAGAGCAGAGCUUAUUAGCAUUACAGCAGUUGUCACUAGCUGGAGAGGCUCAGUAGGGCUGUCAAAAUUGCUCCAAAAUGAUGUUCGAAUAUUCGUUUUAAAAAUUACAAAUAGGUUUGAACAUAUUGAAAUUACUAGCUUAGACAGCUUGCAUAUAACUUUAUCUCGCUCAGCAUUUUUUAUGUUUACGGUGUCGGCCUUAAAAUCCGAAGAAUUUCUAAAUGCAGCGUCUUAAGUUCAUUGGUGUCCAGACCACUCUCUCCGGGUUUGGCUCCGAACGUCCUUUCAUCUUUCUCUGCAUGUGCCGAGGACGGUUUUUGUCGAGUCUCACUGUAGGUGCAGCUCCUGUGACCUGUCCCUGACCCGUCGUUACAGUGCCCUCACUUACAAAGCAGCUGCUGGGCUUUUUUUGGUUUGUUUUGUUUUGUUUUUUUCGCACUCAGUUUUUCUCCCUGUUUAUGUAAUAUUCAAAUAUAAAUUUUCACAUUCAAAUUUUGUUUGUUAAAAAAUAUUCAAAUAUAUAUUCGAAUGUAGAAAAUUCGUUGACAACCCCAAUGCUCAGGCAUAAUAUGUGAGCAGCAUUUUCAGCCUACUGUCAUAAAAACAUUGAUUACUCAUUUAACUAAGUCCUAAUUAACAUGCUGAUUCAUGAAGUAAUGACAUAUAAUCAUGAGGUGGACUCAACGUACUCCAUCCAGGUGUCUACAAAGCAUCUCAUGAAAAGAAGAGGCCUAUAUCUGAUUAGUUUAAAGUAAUGUCUGGUUCUUGAUUCCACUGUGUUAUGUGUUUUUUUUUAAUAAAUAUAACUUUCUCUCUCAUUGUGUCUGCAGCAUUACACCAAAGACGCUGAUGGCCUUUGCACCAGGCUGAUUAAACCCAAGUUGAUGGAGGGAACGGUGGCAGCGCAGGACGAGUUCUCCAGGAGUAAGGACACACUCAGCUCAUUACUCUGCUCCACAGGGACACUGGCAUCAAACCACACAGGGCUUCGCUCGGCUUUUGUUUGAAUACUUGCACUUUAACCUCACAGACAUGGCCUGUGUCUCCUACACGAAUCUGCUGCCAUCCCAGCCCUAAUAGUAUUAAUCAGCAGAGGAUAAUUAAUCUUUCUGCGUCUGGGGACGAGUGCUGGGCUUCAGCCGUGCUCAAGGACAAUCACAGUCUUCCUCCAUCUCUGUCUCCCUCCCUUUCUUCGUAUGAACCUAUCUGACCUGUCUGAAUCGUACAGCAGAGGACUGGAGAAGCUACAUGCCCAAAUAAUUCAGCAUUUUUCCUCUGAAACGAGCAAUGCAUCAUUCAGAAAGAAGUGCUCUUUUGCGAGCAAGAUGAGAGAUGUGAAACUGGGUAUCUCGAAAGGUUUGAUGUCAAGUGUAUUUCUCUCAGAAAUCCUAUUAAUAUGUCAGGAUGAACAAAAAGAUCUCAAAGUUUUAGCUUUUUUAUAAUACAUGGAUUUUCCCUAAUGUUUCAUGAUUGACCUUGACUGAAGAAGGAGCCUGCUGAUUGUAAUUUGUCUCUUUUUUUGGCAGGUGGUUGGGCUUUGAACAGAAAAGAACUGAAACUCCUGCAGACCAUCGGGAAAGGAGAGUUUGGAGGUGAGGAACUGAUAUCUGCGUCGGUUAAUUUUCUCCAUCAGAGGCAUAAUCACGGAGGUUAUGCUGGAAAUUGGGAUUAACAUUCACCCUGUCUGUGUCCUCUUCAGAUGUGAUGGUAGGAGACUACAGAGGAACCAAGGUGGCGGUCAAGUGUAUUAAGAAUGACGCCACAGCGCAGGCGUUCAUCGCUGAGGCUUCUGUCAUGACGUAAGAUCUUUCAGAUAUUUCUCUGUCCUUAAACCGCGUUUGAACAGAACCACACCUUUCCCUCAUGUUUUCCAUUUUUCAAAUUGAAAAUGUUAAGAGGAGCUUUUUAUUGUGCACUCACAAGCAGCUCCGGUAUUUUUCUGCGUACUUACACUUGAUUGUUUUUCCCAUUCUGUGAUAUUUUAUUGCAGGCAACUGAGGCACAACAAUCUGGUGCAGUUGUUAGGGGUUAUAGUGGAGGAGCGAGGCAGUCUCUUCAUCGUCACAGAGUACAUGGCCAAGGUUUGUCACAGAGGUUUUUAAGUUUACUCCUUCUUUCAAACAGUGUUCUGGGAAAUCAUAUGUUCCACUUCUUCUUAGCGAGAAGCCUUUACUUUCUGUGGUUUCCAAUGGUUGCCCUGCAAAUGCUUUCUGACAGAAAGUAGUCAGGCACAUGGUAACAAGCAGAGGUUGGCAGACCUUUUAAUACUUCAUGCUUUAAGUGACAAAAAAUCUAUCAAUUCUAUAUACAAUGAAAACAAAAAACAAAAAUAGGUCUGUAGUCAUAUUUUCAACCCAAAGCUGCAGUAAGCAUAAGGCACAGAGCGAUAGCAGUCAAUCAGAUUAAAGAGGUGGUAAAGAGAGGGUAUGUGUGGUGGGUAAAACGGGAAAUAACCCUUUGUUAUUGAGCUGUGUCAGCUGAUAAGUUUGCAAAGAAACCCACAACCCUGUGCAAACCUGCAGGAUUUAGUUUGCAGCGCUUGUUUGCACACUUUAUCCUGCCCAUUGUUUCUGACUUUGCAAGUGCAGAGAGGCAGCAGGAUCUUUGCAGACACACAAACCAGCACACUCUUCUCCUAGACUAUGAAAAAAUCUAAUAGGAUAAGCCUGUUAUAUUUUGGGUCUAUACAGACUAAGGCUGGGCGAUAAACCGAAAAUGUACCGAUACCAAAAUUUACAACAAUAAUCAACGUCAUUUUGCCCUUAUACGUAUAUUUGGUGUCAAAAAAUAGAUACAAGUCAGUUUUGGAUGUGUGAAGUUGGCUAUGGUCUCAUGUCCCUUUAAGACAUUGUCCUAUGUCUACGUCCUAUGGAGGGAUGUCCUAUGUCCACCCUAUCGAGUCUGUAACAAGACAGGUGAGGAGAUGGAGGACUGUUCAAAAGUUGUAGAGCCUGGAGCGGUGGCUGAAGUAGACAAAGUUAAUGUGGGAGGGGGUGAGCAGCUUGUGGAGUAGUUAUCGUUCAUUUAUCGUUAUCGAAGUGAACUGCUCAAUAUACCGUUAUAUUGAUUUGAGGCCAUAUCGCCCAGCCCUACUACAGACCUUUUUGUACCAUGAACAGUAAUCCACAUGUUGGACUGGGGUUUCUUUACCGGCACUGUCUGUAGCGUGGUUUAUAAAAAACAAACUAAUCCAAGUUUUUAUUUUUCCCUGCAAUAUAUAAAAAAGCAUGUUAUCAUUUAGUUUUUUAUCUAGUAUUGUAUCAACAUUUGAAAUUCUGGUGUUUUGGCAACUCUUAACAAUAUACAGAACAAACCAUUAAGAUCAACAAAUAACACUUAAUGUGAUCGAUCAUUGGUAUCUGUUUCCAUGAGCCUACAGAUAAAAGCUUGAUGUCACUUUACAUAUGUAAUCACAGUAUCAAAUUUAAUAUCAUGUCACGUAUUGAUUUGAAAGGUUGUGUUAAUACUCCGGUCUGUGUCACAGGGCAGCCUGGUGGACUACCUGCGCUCUCGAGGGCGGACUGUGCUCGGCGGAGACUGCUUACUCAAGUUCUCCCUGUGAGUCCUCUUCAGCUCUGUUCAAGCACUCAUUCCAUUUGUGGAGAAGACAAAUGUUUAAUCAGCACAGCUCAGGGUCUCCAGUUUAACUGCUCCUCUUUAGCUGUCAGGAUUUUGAAAAGACUUUGAAAGGAGCAGUGUCACGCUCUUCAGUGGGAGUAUAAAAGAGCCCUUUGUUUACAGAAGCGGGCCCGCAGGAUGUUUUUCUUGAUAAAUAGCUGUUUUAUCUGAGAGUCAAGUGCCUUGAAGUCUUCAUUUAUUUUUAAUUGAACACGUAUUUAGCUAAUGCUGGAGCCCAGAGUGACUGAGAUGAGGGAGAGCACUGAGUGUCAGGAAGCAGAUCAAUGAGCAUAAAUGAUCACAUUGACAAGAGAGUUUUCAUCAUUUAUGUGACCCUUGAGUAAACUUAUUAGAGAAGUGCAACAGUCAGAUUUUAACAGCUUGAACCUAAAGCUGGUGAAAAGGAUCAAGUUUUACUUAUUAUUCAUGAUUUAGCCCGUUCAUUUUCUCCUAGACCGUCUCUUUGCAUUAGAAAACAUGAGCGCCCUUUUUAACCACUGAUGUAUCAUUUUAACAGAGCAGAAUAAAAGCUCAAGCAGCCUCAAAUGUUUCCCUGGAGAUAAGAAAGUCAUUGCACAUCUGUUUAUUUGUUUGUCAUUAUCUUGGUGGUCCACCCCCUCCUCGCUCCCCCUCACUCCUGUCUCCCCUCGUGUCGCACAGUGAUGUUUGUGAGGCCAUGGAGUACUUGGAGGCCAACAACUUCGUUCACAGAGACCUGGCAGCUCGUAACGUGCUGGUGUCUGACGACAACAUUGCCAAGGUCAGCGACUUUGGCCUCACCAAGGAGGCCUCCUCCAUACAGGACACUGCCAAGCUGCCCGUCAAGUGGACCUCCCCCGAAGCACUAAGAGAGAAGGUGAGAAAAGACGAGGGUUUGACGGGGUGCAACCCCAGACUGGUGUGUUUUUAAGUUCUUGGUGUUUGUUUUCUUCUGCUUCACUCAUCUAAAGUCACAGGGCAAGUUUUUAAAACCUAGAAAAAUCCAGUAGAACUGUCCAGCUAUUUUCUGUCAUGAUGAAUUUUAAAUUUUAAUUGUUUAUUGUGAUUAAUAGCAUUUUGAAUCACAUUGUAAAAAUUUCAUUAUUCUUCAUUUUAAAACAGUCCUCUUAGACAAGCAAAGCAAUUCAUAUCAUUGACUUGGUUUGUAGUCAGAUCAGUGUAUAUAUCUGACUAUUAUGUAUAUAUGUAUACAGUAUAUACACUCACUGGCCACUUUAUUAGGUACACCAUGCUAGUAACGGGUUGGACCCCCUUUUGCCUUCAGAACUGCCUCAAUUCUUCGUGGCAUAGAUUCAACAAGGUGCUGGAAGCAUUCCUCAGAGAGCCUGGUCCAUAUUGACAUGAUGGCAUCACACAGUUGCCGCAGAUUUGUUGGCUGCACAUCCAUGAUGCGAAUCUCCUGUUCCACCGCAUCCCAAAGAUGCUCUAUUGGAUUGAGAUCUGGUGACUGUGGAGGCCAUUUGAGUACAGUGAACUCAUUGUCAUGUUCAAGAAACCAGUCUGAGAUGAUUCCAGCUUUAUGACAUGGCGCAUUAUCCUGCUGAAAGUAGCCAUCAGAAGUUGGGUACAUUGUGGUCAUAAAGGGAUGGACAUGGUCAGCAACAAUACUCAGGUAGGCUGUGGCGUUGCAACGAUGCUCAAUUGGUACCAAUGGGCCCAAAGAGUGCCAAGAAAAUAUUCCCCACACCAUGACACCACCACCACCAGCCUGAACCGUUGAUACAAGGCAGGAUGGAUCCAUGCUUUCAUGUUGUUGACGCCAAAUUCUGACCCUACCAUCCGAAUGUCGCAGCAGAAAUCGAGACUCAUCAGACCAGGCAACGUUUUUCCAAUCUUCUAUUGUCCAAUUUCGAUGAGCUUGUGCAAAUUGUAGCCUCAGUUUCCUGUUCUUAGCUGAAAGGAGUGGCACCCGGCGUGGUCUUCUGCUGCUGUAGCCCAUCUGCUUCAAAGUUUGACGUACUGUGCGUUCAGAGAUGCUCUUCUGCCUACCUUGGUUGUAACGGGUGGUUAUUUGAGUCACUGUUGCCUUUCUAUCAGCUCGAACCAGUCUGGCCAUUCUCCUCUGACCUCUGGCAUCAACAAGGCAUUUCCGCCCACAGAACUGCCGCUCACUGGAUAUUUUUUCUUUUUCGGACCAUUCUCUGUAAACCCUAGAGAUGGUUGUGCGUGAAAAUCCCAGUAGAUCAGCAGUUUCUGAAAUACUCAGACCAGCCCUUCUGGCACCAACAACCAUGCCACGUUCAAAGUCACUCAAAUCACCUUUCUUCCCCAUACUGAUGCUCGGUUUGAACUGCAGGAGAUUGUCUUGACCAUGUCUACAUGCCUAAAUGCACUAAGUUGCCGCCAUGUGAUUGGCUGAUUAGAAAUUAAGUGUUAACGAGCAGUUGGACAGGUGUACCUAAUAAAGUGGCUGGUGAGUGUAUAUCUAACUGUAAUGAUUUUCAGACUUAUUAUCGAUAAACAUGCCACACUGCUCAACUCGUGCUCAGGGGGAACAGUUUUCAAGUAUGAAAUCACAGGUCCGUGACGAUUCACACACUCCAAAUAUGUUUGUCUGUGUUAUGUUUUAUGUUUCUUUUUAUGUCCUUCUUGCUGGAAUCUGCACCAAAAAGAGCUGUACUGAAAACAAAUUCUAACAGCCUGGCUGUGUGGUCAUUAAAUCAAAUGAAAAUGAAAUGGUGCUCUUACAGCUUUACGACAUCAGUCUGAUUAGCUACACUUACAUAUGCUUGACUCAUAAGUGGUCGCUCAAACUUCAGAAUUACUUCGAGUAAUUCUGCGAUAUUUAUUUCAUUCGACUAAAAGUGUGUAUUACUUUUGGCUUGUUGAAAAAGCUCUCAGGGAAUUUGAAAGGGAAAUGUGCUGUGGUGUCACAAAGCAAGAAGACACCGUAGCAGCACUUCUACUUUUACGGUGUGCUGAAAGGGACAAAAAGGCACGCAAAUAUUUAAAACGUCACAUUAUUGAAACCGAGAGCCUUAAAAAUGUAUAGUCUGAGGCUCUAAGAUGAGUCAAACUUGGACUGGUCUUAAGAUUCAAGAUUGAUCUCGACUCCAGAAAAUGCAAAAAGAUGAUGCUCGAUAGGUCAGGAGAAAAACUGUCAAUAGAUUUGUGUUUACAUAUAAGCUUACAUAUAAACCUGUUUUGGACGCUAUAUGGGAGUUAAUGUUGUGAGAAGUCAAGCCAUCGAGAUUGUGACUAAAUCAAAGCUGUUUUAAUGUUUGAGUGUAAUUGUUGUUGCUCAUUUCAUCCUACGUAUCUGAACCCUGAACCCUCCCUAAUAAAAAGGAGAACACAAAACACCUGAGCUGCUUUCUGAGACCCUUUUAUUAAACAGGUGAAUUCAUACUCCUUUUUUUUUUCUCAUCAUCUCACAGAGGUUUUCCACCAAGUCAGACGUCUGGAGUUAUGGGAUCCUUCUUUGGGAGAUCUACUCCUUUGGGCGCGUGCCUUACCCUAGAAUUGUAAGUACCUGAACUCCAGGUUUCUGUGGCUCCUAAAGCUCCGAACUGUACCAGCAGAUGGCAGGCUUUGUCGCUGGGAUCAAUAUUUAUUUAUUUCCUUCAUAGUGUUUAAUUUAUUUUGUUUUUCCUCAUUUAUUCUUGUUCUGGAUUAGUGAAAGGAUUUGACCUCAAAAUAAUGAGAUUUGUGUUAUCAGACUGCUGAAGCAGAUGAUGAACAUGAGAGCCAGUUUGUGCUUACAAUUAUAACUUUAAUUAUUUCUUCAUGCUUCAUCACUUGUUUUACUUCCAAAUCCACUUGUUUUUUGUCGUGACCUUUUCAUGGCACGUCGAAUGAUCUUUGUACGCAGCGUUUUUUCCGGUGCAGAGCAGAAAUGUCAACUGUGUUUCUGUCUGUCAGCCGUUGAAAGAGGUGGUGCCCCGGGUGGAGAAGGGAUACAAGAUGGACGCCCCCGACGGCUGCCCGCCUGUGGUGUACGACCUGAUGAAGCAGUGCUGGACCCUGGACUCCGUGGUGCGGCCCUCCUUCCGCAUGCUGAGGGAGAAGCUGCAGCAUAUCAGAGCCAAGGAGCUCUACCUGUGAAGAGGAGGCCCCGUGGGGGGCGAUAGCGGGGAGAGGAAGGGGGCGACUCACAGCCCAGCACAGCUGUAAAGCAAGAGGAGGAGGAGGGGGAGAAGAGAUGAGGGACCACAGUAGCUUCCUCCUACCUGGGACUGCCAAACUGUGCCCCCUUCCCUGACCACAGAUACCCCCCAGCCGCCAUCUGCUUCCAUAUAAGGACUGUUUCCUGUUUGUGUUGUAAAGCUUUUGCCAGACAGUUUCCUCUUCUCUCGACGGGCCACUGCUCCUUCCUUCUUCUGAACCUGCCGCUGCUCUCCCGCUCUCUCUCUCUCUCUCUCUCUCUUUUCUCUUGGUCCAAGUUCCCUUUUCUUUCUUUUUUUUCCUCCCCUCCUCCUCUCCUGAACACGGCAUUAACUGGAGGGGAGGCUGGCCUUUUCCUCCACGAUUGUCAGGUGCUUUUUCUUCACCCACCCCCCACCCUCCGUCAUUCCUGGAUCUCUGUAUCACUGCGUGGCUCUGCAUGAAUCCAGCACUCUGUCAUUCCAUCCUGUUUGUCCCUCCCUCCUUUCCUUACUCCCUCCCUCCUCCCCUGGGCGUGGUGUCAGGUGUGGGGCCUUCGCUCUGUGCCAAAGUGCCUCCAGUCUACAGAGCUCCAGACUUCCCUCCAGCAUUUCUUUCAACUGGACUGUUGUUUAAGUUUUUUUAAGUACCUUUUUUAAGAGAUCUUUUUUAUUGCUUUCUUUAUUUUCAGGGAACUGUUUUUUUAGUGCCGUCUCCCCCACCUCCGCCAUCACACCAACAGACUUUCUUUUGCCAAGUGUCCAUGAACAGGAGGAGAGAGGAUUUGGGGGCCAGUAUCGUGCUCAUCCCCGAGAGGUAACGCGUGGAAGGGGAUGCAGGACUCUUAAUAAGAGGAGAAGGGGGAGAAGCAGUUCACAAACAUGGUCGAUUCAUCAUACGUGGGCUUGUUUUUUUUAUAUCAAAAUAUAUUUAAAGGAUUUAAAAAAAAAAGAGAGAGAACAAGGAAAAAACUGACUGGAGUGGAGGAUAACGAAAUAGAUGGACUUUCAGGAGCCAGGAGCGUCUUGGCAUUAGGAAUGUUCAGUGUCUCUGUGAACGCUGGGGUCGGGUGGUGCAUGCUGUGUGUGAGAGGCCUUGGGUUCAACUGUCAGUGCUUUCAAUGUUCAUUGUUUUAUUAUGCUAUCAUGAUUAUGAAUAAAUCAUUCCAUCUGAACUGUGCAGGAGCACGAGCAUCAUUCUGCCUGUGCGUGUGUGAAAUAAUCAUUUGAGCCUUUUUUUUUUGUAUAAAUAGUAACUCAAGGGUUUAAUAACCAGUUUAUCGGGGGUAUUAUUAAAGGUACCUUAGGGGUGUAAUGAUGGAUAAAUUAAGGGACUGAUGAAAGGUAAGUUAAGGCUGUAAUAAAGGUUUUGUUAACGUCUCUUUUCUGUCAUAAUGUUGCAGUGAUGUUACUUACUGAGAAAAAUUACAGGUUUCUUUCAGAGUGCAGGUGAAUGUGUCCACGAUCUGCCAGUCACCAUUGACAACUGGAGCUGCAGAGCUGACUGGUGCUAACCACAUGUAACCUUUUUUCUUUCUUCAGUUAAUUUUUACAUUUAAGCUCAACUGUUCUGAGGAAAGAAGUGCUAAAAACUGCAGUUCCUCUUGUGCUCACUGGAAACUACUUAGACCAGUGGUUCUCAAGUCCAGUCCUCGAGGCCUACUGUCCUGCAUGUUUUGGAUGUUUCCCUGCUCCAACACACCUGAUUCAAAUGAUUAGCUCGUUAUUAAGCCAUUACAGAGCUUGAUAACGAGCUGAUCAUUUGAAUCAGGUGUGUUGGAGCAGGGAAACAUCCAAAACAUGCAGGACAGUAGGCCUCGAGGACUGGACUUUAGAACCACUGACUUAGACACUGCACCAUAAAACAGAGUUCCCACACAGUUGGAUUUUCCAUACUUUCCCAUACCCUACUUUUUAGAAUAAUUUUUGGAAAAACCUACUCUUCUAUUUUAGAAAACAGUAUUUUAGAAUUGUGGUAGCAGUGGAUAUUUAUAUAUAUAUAUACAUGGAUAUUUUUCCAUACUUUAUUUUUUCAUUUUUCAUACUGUUUACAAGUGAACAAGUUUACAGCCUGGUUCAAAACAGGGUUUCGACUCAAACUGCUCAUGAUGCCCACUGCAGGGAAAGAAUUUUAGUGAAAGACAUUUUUUUCCAAGAUUUGAAGUUUAUCAGAUUGGCCAAUCAGAGGCACGGCUGACUUUUGCAAGGAGGCUAAAGACCUACCUGUGGUGGGUUGACCUAAAUGUAGGUUAAGUCAGUGUUUACAAUAUCACUACUAUGACUGAUAGGUUUCAAAACUCUCAGUGAUGACACUAUUUGAUUUUACAGCUUGUAUGUUAAAUUCAAGUAGUUCUUUCACUUACUGUCUACCUUUACAUUCUCAACAUGAGCUAAUGUUUUAUGUUUUAAAGGUUUAAAAAGUUACGGUGUAUGAACUAAGUCUCUGAAGAGUGCAGUAAAGCAUAAGUAAAGAGUAUUAAAGGGGUAAUAAAGGGCUAGUUAAGGAUGUUAAAAGGGUGCAAUGAAGGGCUAGUAAAGAGUUGGUAGAGGGUGAAAUGAAGGGCCGUGAAGAGUUCAAUAAAAGGAUUGGUAAGGUUGUAAUAAAGGUCCCAAAAGGGGUAAACAAAGGAUGCAAUAAAGGUUUAAUUAAGAUUGUAUGGAAUAUGAAAAUUGUGUUAAUAAAGGAUGUAAAAAAAAAAAAA